AUGAAAGCUGGCAAGCUGGUCGGCAUGGUCUGCAGACUCUCGGCGCCUGGCUCUCUGCUUCUCGGACUGCUGGUAAAUUUGCUGGAGGUGGUCGCGGGGGGGGGGGGCGGGGGCAGGCAGACGGCCAUCCUUCUGCCCAAUGGCUGGGUGGGAGCACCAGUCUCCCGUUCAAGGCUCCCGUGGGUCACGGACUGGACCAAUUCAUGAAGUGGUGGCCUUUCAGGGGCGACUUGCCAGGUGGUCCUUCUCUGCCUCCACAGCUGGAGGCAGCAAGGCUUCUGAAUUUUAGUUGCUGGAAAUUGCGGGAAGAGAGAGUGCUCUUGCGCUCCGGUCCUUCUUGCACGCUUCCCGCAACAAGAGGCAAUGGGUUGGUCACUGUGAGAACAGGAUUGCUGGUCUAGAUGGUCCUACUUUGGCCCCUCCUCAUGCUCUGAUGUGGGAUGCGGGUGGGUUAAACCACAGAGCGUAGGACUUGCUGAUCAGAAGGUUGGAGGUUCGAAUCCCAGUGACGGUGUGAGCUCCCGUUGCUCGGUUCCUGCUCCUGCUGACCUAGCAGUUCAAAAGCACAUCAAAAUGCAAGUAAAUAGGUACCGCUCCGGCGGGAAGGGAAGCAGCGCUUCCAUGCGCUGCUCUGGUUUGCCAGAAGCGGCUUAGUCAUGCUGGCCACAUGACCUGGAAGCUGUACGCCGGCUCCCUCGGCCAGUAAAGCGAGAUGAGCGCCGCAACCCCGAGUUGGUCACGACUGGACCUAAUGGUCAGGGGUCCCUUUACCUUUACCAUGCUCUGAUGUGGAGGUUUGGAGGACGGGUAACAACCUAGACAAAGCUUGCCUGCCUUAAAGGUCAACAAACGUUUGCCAUCAGCCUCCGUAGAUUCUAGUCUGCAAACGCUGCAGUUAAGUCAUUCCAGGUCUUAUUGAGUGGGGUGAAGAAGGGUCUUCUAAGGUGGUUAUGUGUAUUACCUUACUUGCUUCAAAAAAUAUUUUUAUUAUAUUUAUAUCCCAUCUUUUUUCUCCAUGAACCCCAAGGUGGUGUCCAUGGUCCUCCCCUUCCUUGUUGAAUCCUCACAACAGCCCUGUGAGGUAGGCUAGGCUGAGAAGCAGCGACUGUCCCAAUGUUCCUCAGUGGGUCUGCCCUACUUUCCAAAAAGCGCUUUGCUGUCCUUGCUCUUUGCAUUCAUGUCCCCCCUGUUCCUCCAAGGAGCUCAAGGCUCUCAUCCACAAAACAGCCCUGCCAGGUAGGCUAGACUGAGAGGCAGAGGCUCCCCCCCCCCCAGGUGAGCUUCAUGGGGGAGCAGGGAUCUGAAGCCUGGCCUCCCUUGUCCUUGUCCGACCUGCUAACUGGCUCUCGGAGCCCCUCCUGGUCCCUCUGCGGAGUGAGAUGCUGACCCACAGAAGCUGGAGUCCUAAUAAAUUUGCCCAUUAAAAGAGCUGCAGCAAGGGACUGUUUUUGCCACGGUAGAUAAAGCCAUAAAUCUUGGACAGUUUAUCAACCUGUGUCCCCAAGUGCUGUUCAGCCCUGCGGGUUGGAGAGACUGUCUCUGUCCUGUUCACACAAGCACUUGGCCGAGUGAGGCACUUGCAGGAUGUCCCGUGCUCAAUUUCUAGAAUCAUACAAGUCUAGAAGGCGGCGGGCAAAGUUGUGACUUGGGGGAACAAUCUGAAAGUCUUGGUGGAACCUUCAAGGUCAAGAAAUUUAUUGCUGCGACUGCAGCUCACUCUUCCAGGUGCCUGAAUUGAAAUCUCAGUCGGGGGAAGCGGUAUGGUGAGAGCAGAAUGGCAAGGAGAUGCAAGAAUUAGUGACAAUUAAGGCUUAAAGGUAAAGGUAAAGGGACCUCUGACCGUUAAGUCCAGUCGCGGAUGACUCUCGGGUUGCACACUCAUCUCACUCUAUAAGCCGAGGGAGCUGGCGUUUGUCCGCAGACAGCUCCCGGGUCAUGUGGCCAGCAUGACUAAGCCGCUUCUGGCGAACCAGAGCAGUGCAUGGAAACGCCGUUUACCUUCCCACUGGAGCGGUACCUAUUUAUCUACUUGCACUUUGACGUGCUUUCGAACUGCUAGGUUGGCAGGAGCAGGGACCGAGCAACGGGAGCUCACCCCAUAGCGGGGAUUCAAACCGCCGACCUUCUGAUCGGCAAGUCCUAGGCUCUGUGGUUUAACCCACAGCACCACCCGCAUCCCAAAAAGUCAUAUAGCACACCCAAUUUAAACAUAAUUUAAAUAAAUGUUUACAAAUGUUUAAAAAGUGUGAAAACAGGGUCCCUCGAGAGUUUCAGAUUCAAGUGAGAGAUCUGAUAAACAUGCUCUCUCUCUCUCUCUCUCUCUCUCUCUCUCACACACACACACACACACACAUUUCUGAAUGCCUUAAGGCCAACGCCAAGAAUUUCCCGUCUCCUCCGUCGCUGUCUUUCCCACAGUUGCCUCCCUUGCCAUCCACUCAACAGCAGCCAGCUCAGAAAAAGAUGGGUGGCUGGCGCUGUGUCUUCUCCCCCCAGCCCACGGGCAAACCACAUUCUUCCCCUUUUGAGGGAGACGUUCCCCUUUGAGCAAUGCCAUUUCAGUGAGACUUCUCCCGGAGGAUGGGAUGUUUGUGCUGGCCCUCAGACUGGUGGGCAUCUGCUUUUGUCCUUCUGGGCCUCCGGAUCCCAUUGCCCCCACCAGCGCAGCAAUAAAUCUCUGAAAGAAAGGCGGGCGGAGGGAACCUGUGGCACUGCCUUCCUUAGUCACUGCAGAUGACUAGUGGAUGGUUUCAUGAGGAAACAAUUCCACCUGAAUCGCAUCGCGAGGGUGGACAGCGGCUUUGGAGGCUGCAGAGAAACAUCUGGCUGCUUUGGGGGAAUCUAUUGUAUAGGGUGGAGGGCUUGCCGCGUUAAUUCCCCAACCUAAUUCUCCAGUUAGGUUUCUAAGUCACAGCUUUGGGUCCAGCCCAGAGCAAGAGACAGUCUUUGUUGUUCCAGCUUCCAGCAUCAGCCAAAAGCCAGACAUACAGUUCCACUGGGCCUAUUGUUCCCCAUUCCAGGAGGACAGGGCGCCCAGCCAGAGGAGGCCACUCACUAUCUCUCAGCCUUACCUACUUCACAGGGUUAUUAAGAGGAUGAAAUGGGGAAGAGGAGAACCAUGAGAUCCUUGGCAGAUAAAGGUGGUAUAUUAAUGUAACUUGGACGCGGGUGGCGCUGUGGGUUGAACCAUGGAGCCUAGGGUUUGCCGAUCAGAAGGUCGGCGGUUUGAAUCCCCACAACAGGGUGAGCUCCCGUUGCUCGGUCCCUGCUCCUGCCAACCUAGCAGUUCGAAAGCACGUCAAAGUGCAAGUAGAUAAAUAGGUACUGCUCUAGUGGAAGGUAAACGGCGUUUCCGUGCGCUGCUCUGGUUCGGCAGAAGCGGCUUAGUCAUGCUGGCCACAUGACCUGGAAGCUGUACGCCAGCUCCCUCGGCCAAUAAAGCGAGAUGAGUGCCGCAACCCCAGAGUCGGUCACGACUGGACCUAAUGGUCAGGGGGCCCUUUACCUUUUCAUUAAUGUAAUAAAUAAAUAAGCAGAAUACAGCAAAAAGAAAAAAAAGAGCAUUAAAAUGUUUUUGGAAUUAAAGGCAUUCUGAGGACCUAACAACAAGUGUGUUAUGUUGCCAGUGUGUGUGUGUUUUUAAGUUGAUGUGCGGAAGCGAUUUUGCAGGAGGACUGCGGUGCCUGGGGGAGAGAAGCUGCAUCUUUUGCACCACAGUCAUGGAAGGAUACAGAGAGACUUUGAACUCUACGUCAGGCAGACCUAACCGAAAUGAAGAGGACCUCUGCUGCCUCCUCUGCAGCCUCUAAAAUAUCAAGAGCGGAGCUGUGAUAGGAUAGAGGUGGGGGGAGCUGGCGAUUGUGUGAGUAAGUGCCAAGUGGCAGCCAUGUCCCUGGUGCUUUCCGGCAGUGGGGGAGCCCUCCUCGAAUCUGAUGGGGGGGGCAAAGAGAUCUGGGCCCCUAGAAGUUGGUGCCUAUGAUUUCCACCUUAAUCUUUUGAAAAACAGGUGACUAAAGGAUUCUUGUUGAGUCAGUCAGCAGGUUGGCCUUACGAAGAGUUAUUACUGCUGUUGGUUUUCCAUGCGCUCACCUCCUGUCUUCCUGAGUCCUGGUGGAUUGGGCUCAUUGAGAGUCUAAAGCUGCCACCAAUCAGAUGCCUUUGGCUCCUCCGACAGAUGACUGGUCUCUGAACCCUUGGCAACCGCUGUCUGGGCCAGCCAAUCCGCAGUGGUUGUCAGUGAGGUCCCUGUUUGCUCUCUGAAUUCCUGCUCCAUGGAUGCAACCUGGUGCCCAGAGCUCAUCAGGGAGGGAGGGUGAGGCUGGGGUGCCUCACAAGAGGCUCUGCAGUGCGUGGAUGGGCAGCCCAAAGUGGGCAUUUGAGAAAUAGCCUUAAAGUAAGGUUAUCAGAUUUUUGAUCAAUGAAUUCGGGGAGACUUUUCAACUUCAAUGGAUUUUGCAUGAGGACUGAUCUGUAAAUCCAGGGACUGUCUCCGGGAAACGGGGAUGUCUGGUAACCUUAGGGUAAAGGUAAAGGGACCCCUGACCAUUAGGUCCAGUCGUGGCCGACUCUGGGGUUGCGGCACUCAUCUCGCUUUAUUGGCCGAGGGAGCCGGCGUACAGCUUCCGGGUCAUGGCCAGCAUGACUAAGCCACUUCUGGCGAACCAGAGCAGCGCACGGAAAUGGCGUUUACCUUCCCGCCAGAGCAGUACCCAUUUAUCUACUUGCACUAGUGUGCUUUCAAACUGCUAGGUUGGCAGGAGCAGGGACUGAGCAACGGGAGCUCACCCCGUCACGGGGAUUUGAACCGCCGGCCUUCUGAUCAGCAAGCCCUAGGCUCUGUGGUUUAACCCACAGCACCACCCGCAUCCCUUAAAUAUAUAUUAAGGCUUAAAUAUAUGUUAAACUGGCACAGCUUUAACCUUUUACAGUAGCAGGUUGGUGAUAAUUGACCUAGAAGCCACUGAAGGAAACUUGGCUCAGAGGCACUUUAUUCAAAGCACUUUUAUUGCCCAUAUUGAUGAGGGCUAAUCUCCUACCCAUCCCCAAAUAAGGCAGUGCACUGUAAUGGUUAGAGUCUUGUACUAUCACCUGGGAGACCAAGGUUUGAACCCCCCUGCUCCGCCAUGCAGCUCACUUGGCGACCUUGGGCCAGUCCCUGCCUCUCAGUCUAGCCUGCCUCUCAGGGUUGUUGUGGAGAUGAACGGAGGAGUGUUGGGUAAUAUGCAUAACCUUGAGCUCCUUGGAGGAAAAAGUGGUACAAACACGCAGUAAGUAAGUACCGUAAGUAAGUAAGUGAGUGAAGGAAGGAGGGAAUUGCCAUUGCUCCUCACCCAUUCCUUUGCCACGCAGAUUGCUGGCGGAUGACUGAGAGGAUGGGGGAAAGUCUCCACCAAUGUCUCUUUUGCAAGGGGAAGGGGGUGGUACUGGUCUUACCUGGGAGAGGCCUGCUCCAAAACACAGCGGCUGAGUUUCCUUCACAGGUUGGCCUUCUCCCGAGAAGCACACUGGCGUUUGCCAUACCGGCUGAAAACCGCACUGCAAGGGGUGAGUAUCCUGAUUUGCGCUUCUGUGCGUUUAUCUGAAGUUCCUCCCUGGGGCAAGGCAAUCUGAGCACAGGGCACCAAUUCUGGCCCAACUGCACCACCUGCCAGUUAGUUUCCAGGGCCCAAUUCAAAGUGAUAGUCUUGACCUGUAGUACCAACUCAGGACCACAGUACCUCAAGGGCUGCCUCUCCCCGUAUGAAAUGACCCAGACCUUGUGAUGGACACCUGAGGCCUUUCUCCAGGUGCCACCUCCAUGGGAGCUCUGGAGGGUGGCAACAGGAGAACAGGGCCUUUUUGGUGGUGGCUCCCUAUAGGUGGAAUGCUCUGCCUGGGGAAGCUCACCUGGUGCCUUCAUUUCAUAUCUUUGGUGCCAGACAAAAACACUACCUGUGAACAUUUAAAAUGGGUGGGAUGUCUUAAUGUAUCCCUCACUCUCAGUUUUUAUGUAGGUAGGUAGGUAUUUUUUUCUGGUAAAUCACUUUGAAUUGCGAUGGCAAAAAAAAUGACUAAUGCAUUUAUUUAAUUAUUUAUAUAUAAUAUUUGGGUCUGGAAUCCCCAUUGCCUGUGCACAGCAGGAAAGUAAAUAAUAAUAAUGAUAAUAAUGAUAAUUUAUUUAUACCCCACCCAUCUGGCUGGGCUUCCCCAGCCACUCUGGGCGGCUUCCAACAAAAUAUUAAAAUACAGUAAUGCAUCAAACAUUAAAAGUUUCCCUAAACAGGGCUUCCUUCAGAUGUCUUCUAAAAGUCUGGUAGUUGUUUAUCUCUUUAAAGGUCAGCACCAACACUUUGAAUUGUGCUCAGAAAUGUACUGGGGGCCAAUGUAGGUCUUUCAAGACCGGUGUUAUGGACAGUGCCGUCCAUGAGAGGCAAAACCAAGUCCGGGUUUGUAUGCCAUGUAAAACUCACUUCCAGGUUAUUUCUCAGGGGCUACCAAAGGUCCAUUUUAAUCCAAGCGGGUCCUUAUAUUACAUUAAGAAUUUGGAGUUUGAGUUUUCCUCAUCCCUCCUCACCCUUUUUUCCUUUUAAUAAUAAUAAUAAUAAUAAUAAUAAUAAUAAUAAAUUAUUUAUACCCCGCCCUUCCCGGUUCAAAAACUGGGCUCAGGGUGGCUAACAACAAAUUUAAAACACUUAAUUAUAAAAGCAGCAUAAAAUACAGUAUAAAAAACAUGAUAACAAUAAAAAUCAAAAAUCAAAAAUAAAUUUAGAGGAAAUAAACAUUAGAUAAUCCCCAGGGCUAGCUGGCUGAAUUAGUCCUACUUGGGCCAGCGAGGAGGCCAGGGGAGAAUUAGCUGUGGGGUCUCAGAACGGGUAAUCUUCAUAAAAGAGGAGGGGGAGGGAAGAGAAGGGAGAUAAAAGAUCAGGUUGAAUUCAAAUUGAAAGCCAGGCGGAAUAGCUCUGUCUUACAGGCCCGACGGAAGGAGGUUAAAUCCUGAAGGGCCCUAGUCUCCUGGGACAGAGCAUUCCACCAGGUCAGAGCCAUCACUGAGAAGGCCCUGGCCCUGGUGGAGGAUAGUCUGACUUCCUUAGGGCCUGGGACCUCUAAACUAUGGUUAUUCAUGGACCUCUGCAGGGCAUACCAGGAGAGGCGGUCCCGUAAAUACGAGGGCCCUAAACUACAAAGGGCUUUAAAGGUCAAGACCAGCACCUUGAACCUGACCCUGUACUCCACCGGGAGCCAGUGCAGCUGGAAAAGCACUGGGUGAAUAUGCUCCCAUGGCAGAGACCCCGUGAGGAGCCUCGCUGCAGCAUUCUGCACCCGCUGGAGUUUCUAGGACAGCUUCAAGGGCAGGGACUAUCUUGUUUUUUUCUUGAUUUGUUGGCCACUCUGGAAGUUUUUUCAGCUGAACAGCAGGGUAAAAGCACUUUGGAUAAAAUGAAAGAUAAAAUGAUGCCAGCCAAGGGACUUCUUGGCAGAGGAAGUUGAACUCACUUCCAUCCCAGAAUCAUAGAAUCAGAAGGGAGCGGGAGGGUCAUUUAGUCCAACCCUCCGCAAUGCAGGAGUCACAGCAGCUACUUUAUCUUUCCCUCCAUGUGGUUCCCCUACAGAUCCUGGCUCUGUCCCCCAGAUCAUCGAGAUGCUGGGAGACGUGUAUGAAUACGUGCCCAUCCUCCAGGACUGGUGGCAUGCAGACGGGUACUGCCAGCAGCGCUUCGCUCGGCUGCCAUCUGAGCUGGUGUCUCUUGGGGAGAAGCUGCAGUCCUACCAAGUCCAGAGCGCAGUCUGGCUGGAUGACCGGGAGGUGUUCCUGCAGAAGCCGAAGCAGAGGCGUGAGUAGAGAUACGCUGCACUAUUGAAUCAAAUGGCCCACCUGGUCCAGCAAACCGGCUCUCACAGUACCAUGUGCACCUAGACGCCUGUGGGAAACCAGGGAGAAGGACAUGGGCACCAGAGCCCUCUCCCUCCCCUCCUGUGGUUUCCAAGAACUGGUAUUCAGAAGCAUGGCUGCCCCCAACUGUGGAGGCCAGAGCACAGCCAUACUGGCUAGUAGCCAUUGACAGCCCUCUCCUCCUUCUCCUCCUCCUCCUCCUCCUCCUCCUCCUCCUCUUCCUCCUCCUCCUCUUCCUCCUCCUCUUCCUCCUCCUCUUCCUCCUCCUCCUCCUCCUCCUUCUCCUCCUUCUCCUCCUCGUCCUCCUCCUCCUCCUCCUCCUCCUCCAUCUUCUCCUCCUCCUUCUCCUCCAUCUUCUCCUCCUCCUUCUCCUCCUCCACCAUCUCCUCCUCCUCUUCCUCCUCCUCUUCCUCCUCCUUCUCCUCCUCCUCUUCCUCCUCCUCCUCCUUCUCCUCCUCUUCCUCCUCCUCUUCCUCCUCCUCUUCCUCCUCCUCUUCCUACUCCUCUUCCUCCUCGUCCUCCUCGUCCCCCUCCUCCUCCUCCUCCUCCUCCAGGAAUUGGUCCAAUCCUCUUUUAAAGGCAUCCGUGUUGGUGGCCAUCAGAGUCCCAUAGCUUAACUCUCUAUGCUGCAAGAAGAAGGGCUUUCCUUUUAUCUGUCCUGAAUCUUCCAUCAUUCAGCUCCACUGGAUGACCACAAGUUCCAGUGUGAUGAGAAGAGAAUUUUUUCUCUCUCUCCACUUUCUCCUGGCCAUGCAUAAUUUUAUUUUAAAAAAAAAUCCUAUGAUGUAACCUGUUAUGUACUGAAGUUCUCACCCUGGGCCAGUGGGGGGAUACUGUAGAUAGUUAUGCAAAUGAAGGAUCGAAAGUGACGUUCAGUGAUUGGAUAGUUUUAGAAAGUUGUUACAGUUACGUUGUACUGGAGCUCUAUAUAAGCAGGCUGACUGAGCCCUUCAGUUCAGUUCUGUUCUGGCCUGUGAAUAAACAAGAGCUGUUUGAAGAAUCGCUGUGUCGUCUGAUAUGUUCACCCACAACUUAACAUAACCCUUCCUUGCUUUUUCUCUCAAACUAAGAAGUCCCAAAUACAGCAACCUUUAUUCAUACAGAAAUCGCUCCGUCCUGUAGAGCGUUUGGGUUGCCCUUUUCUGAACUUUUCCCAACUCUACAACAUGCUUUUUGAUGUGAGGCAACCAGAACUGUUUUAAAUGUUGGGUCGUCAUCAUCAUCAUCAUCAUUUUUAAUUUGUAUACGGUCUUUCUCUCUUACAAUACUCGAGGCGGUUUACAAGCUGAAGAAACAAAAAAUGUACAUCUUAUAACAAUCUAAUGCAAUACAAAAAUGUGAUGAUAAAACAAAACUUUAAAAUAGGCCACCUACAUCAAAAAAGUAACAUUCAACAAUCAUUAGAAUUGUAUUAAAUAAUAAUAUCAACAUAUAAAAGUUAAACAGAAAUCCACUCAACAGUUGCAAUAAAUAAUAUCUAAACUAUAAUCAAUAAAACAGCGGCAAGCCACAGUACAUAAAACAAUACCAUACACAUUGAGAAGCAGAGACUAGAGGGUAGAGCAAGGCAGGUGGAAGGAGACCUUGCCUGAUGGAGUCUCUCCCCUCACAGUUCUUCCUUCAGGACCAGCUCCCUUAUGAGGACUCCUAGGGUUGGAGGGUGGGGCAAGACAGGUGGAAGGAGGCCUUGCCUGAUGGAAUCUCUCUCCUCACGGUCACAUCCUCAUCUCUCUCCCCCACCCCCAGGAAACAUCUCUGCACCAAUCCUGGUAUUCAAGAACAAAACGGACACCAAGUUUGUGAAGGUCUUAGCUGACUUCCCAGAGAUGCCCGCCGUGAGUGCCUGCGCCCACGUCCAGUGGGACCCUGAGGCUGUGGAGAUCUCCACUGUCUUCUCCUACGCGGUCCCGGCUUUCAUCAACGAGUUCCAGUUGCGUGGCUUCGUCGACGAGGAUGGCUUCGUCCGGUUUGCCAUCAUCCUCCACGGGCACCACUCCCCGUACCUGCCCGUUUUUCGCGCCGAUGGGCAGUGGCACCACUUCUGUGUCACAUGGCAGCAUCAGAAUGGGGCAUGGGCCAUCCACGCUGACGGGAAGGAGAAGGCCUCAGCCACCGGGCUUUCAGCCUCCCAUGCCGUGGAUGGCCACGGGAUGUUCAUUAUUGGGCAAGACCAGGAUUCCCUGGGUGGGGCCUUCAAGGAGAAAGAGUCCUUCAGUGGGAACCUCACUGGUUUGCAUGUUUGGCGGAGAGUCCUCAGCAGGGAGCAGAUUGAGAAAGUGCGCUCCUGCAUCCCUGUUCAAGAGAGCCUCGUGUUUGCCUGGAGCAGCGACAUCCUCGAGGUGGAAGCGAGCAUCCAGCAGGCCACAGUACAGCUCACCUGCCCAGGUAAAGCGCUCUCGGGUUGUGACUGCACCAGCCGUCUGGAUCUGGUCUGUGAUGAGCUGGUUGAUUUGCAUGUCCCUGUUUUCAGUUGGUGUGGCUGGUUAUUUGCCUAUAUUGGAUGGGGGCAGGAGAGGAAGCUGCCCCAGGACAGGGGUGGGGAUCCCUGUGGCCUGCAGACUGUGGCCAGUGAUGAUGGGAGUUGUAGUCCCAACAGGAGGACCACCGGUACUCCUUCCUGGUUUAGGAGGCAUCUUGGGCUGGAAGGGCUUUGAACUCUCUUGGGUCUCCAUUGCAAAAUGGGCUUGUUGAGAUAGGUAGGUAGAUACCUGCCGGGGUCUUUUGAAGAUGUCCAUGGCAAUCAGGUUGUGUGACUUGGCUACCUGCAAGUACACAAAUGGCAGAGUGUAUUUCGAAUAAACUGUGUGGAGCAGGAGCAGAUGGUGGGGAGGGGCGAUGGCUGCGACUGGACCUCCUGACGACUGAGUCAACGGCACUUACCUGGAGGCAGUGGGGGAGGGGAGGCAUGGAGAUGGAGCAAAGGCAUCAACAGGAGAGCUGGGUGGAAGUAAGAUGCUUUAUAAAGACCUAGUGGCUGUGAGUGCCUGGGAGUUUUUAGGGAAUAAAAAAACCGCAAUUUUAAAACUAAAAAUAGCGUGAUUUGUGAUUCUGGACCCAUGACACCAAAAUUGGGUAAACUUGUGCCAAAGUCGCAUUUUGGUCUGAUGUCUUGAUUCAAAGCGGCACCUAGAACCCAAGAUGUUGGCAACUCCGCCCUCAGGAAACCCCCUGCCGAAUUUGGUGACAAUGCUUCGAGGGGUGUCCCAACCUAUAGAAAACAAGCAAACAAACAAUUUCCCAAAACAACUAGUAGACAUGGGGUGUUGCUCUCGUUCUAGCCCAAUGGUGGCCAUUAAUUUGAUUUUGAAUUGAUUUUGGAAUGAAUUGGUUUUAGAAUUCUGUGUUACUUUUAUUGCUGUUAGCCGCUCUGAGCCCGGCUUCGGCUGGGGAGGGCGGGAUAUAACUAUAUUAUUAUUAUUAUUAUUAUUAUUAUUAUUAUUAUUAUUAUUCUCUCCCAGGGCCUGUGGAGGAAUGCCGAAUGUUUCAGGUCGCCCAGGGAAGCCUGGCUUCUGCCCCCUGCCUGCAGCUUCUGCCUUUUGUCUGCCAUUACAAAAAAGGUACGGCGGUUCUGACUAUCCUUAUCUCCAGACUCAGACUGUGGCCCACGGUCCCCAUUCCUUUGUGCCAGCAAUCGGUGGACCGGAGGGAGGUGGGUGGAGCAACAGGUGUGACUCUUACUUUGGUCAGUAUGGUCCCAUCUGCACAGUGCAUUUAAAGCACACACACCCCCCAAAAAAAAUAAGAAUAAUGGGAACCGUAGUCCACUGAGAAUUCUGAGAGUUGUUAAGAGCCCCCCUAUUCCUCUCACAAAGCUACAAUUACCAGAGUGGUUCACCCCCUCUUCCUGUUAAUUAAAACACAAGCCACUUUUUAUUAAUGGGAAUGUUUAUUUGAUCAUGAUAAUGGAAUAUUUAUUUAUUUAAACGUUCAUAUUCCUCAGUCUCAAAGUGCCACAAGGCUGGGAGCCAGGGAUCAAAUUCCACUUCCCCCGGAAGAGAGUUCCAAGGUUUUGGAGCCAGCACUGGGAAGGCCCUGUCAUGCCUUGUUCAGCAAGGAAACUGCGCCUCUGAAGCAGGUCUUCAUCACUGGGUUGGUUUCCAGGGGAGAAGGAGUCCUUUUGGUAUCUCCAGCUGUUGGCUCAGCCUGGAUUUGUGGUCAGAGUGUGAGACUGGGGCCUUGAGAGACACCGGUUCAACUCCCCCCUUGACCACAAAGUGCUCUGGGUGACUUUGGGCCAGUUGCUCUCUUUUGACCUUGUCUACCUUGCAAGGCUGUGGAAAGAAUUAUUAUUAUUAUUAUUAUUAUUAUUAUUAUUAUUAUUAUUAUUAUUAAAAUUUAUAUGCCAUCCUGCAUCUGAAGGGCAGUUUACAACAUGAAAACACAAAUUACAUAGCAUAAUAGCAAAACAACAACACCCCUCCCCCGCUAUCACACUUAAAAGGCCGUAGAUGGCUUAAUCAGCCAAAGCCCUGGUGGAAGAGGAAUGUUUUUGCCUCGCUCCAUGAAAUGGGCAAGGUACUAACUUUGUAAACCACCUUCCACAACCUGUCCGGAGUUCAGCCUACACUCGAGUAGGACCCUGGUAGAGACACAUGCCUGACUAGCAUGUUCUCUCCCUCCUGGUCAAUCGUUCGGGAGCUUCAAAAGCUUUCUUCAGCCCGAACAUCACAGCGACCGAUGCCAAGCGACACCGGCACACUUAGGGAUCCGCGGAGUUUGCGCAGCUUGCGUGACAGACCUUAGCAACUCAGCAUUUUGGCUAAUCGGCUUUAUUUACAUAUCAACACACACACGGAGCACUGCAACAUGGCUCCCUCUCUCUCUAGCAUCAGACAGCAAAGAGAAAAAGAACAAAGGACAAUAGUCCCACUUCACGGAACACAGGAACACAAACAUCCUGUCGCCGUCACUUCCCACUCUGUGGAGUCAAAACAUAGACAACAAUCCCAUGACUGCAAUCAGGGAGCUGGAAUUCUAACACAACCUUCCAUUGCAUGUCUGUUGUUUUCCCCUCAGAUCUUUAUUUGCAGUUGAGGAAAACACAGUUGAAACCUGUCCCACAGCUCAUAGCUCAGGUUAAUGCGCGAGCGAAUGCGACAGUGGUGAGUAAAGCAUUGGCCUCAUCCCAGACGCCUGAGGGCUUCCACCUGUGGCCCAGCGUCACUGUGUUGCUGGCCAGGCCUCAUGGGCGCUGGAGCCUUUUCUCAGCCGUUUUCUCCUUACAAAACUAGCGUAAUUUGUUGAUUACAGUGGCUCUUCAAAUAGUUCGUAUAUUUCUUCCAAUCUUCUGUAAAUCUCUGGUCCUGCAGGUUUCGAAUCCUUCCUGUCAUUUUGUCCAAUUCCGUGUAGUCCAUUAAUUUCGUCUGCCAUUCUUCUUUUGUCGGAAUUUCUUCUUGCUUCCAUUUCUGGGCUAACAAUACUCUUGCCACUGUUGUUGCAUAUAAGAACAAUUUAACGUCUUGUCUAUUAAUAUCCUCACCUAUAAUACCAAGUAAAAAUGCUUCUGGUUUUUUUAAGAAUGUAUAUUUCAACAUCUUUUUCAUCUCAUUAUAUAUCAUUUCCCAGAAGUUUUUUACUUUCUUACAUUCCCACCUUCAGGAUGAUUUCUGGUAGGGGCCAUUCGUAGCUCUACCUGGAGAUGUCGAUAGGGGGUGGGACUGAAUCUGGAACCUUCCUCAUCCAAAGCCAGGGCUCUUUCACUGAGCCACAGCUCUGGGAACACGUGAGUCUGGUUGUGGGGCACAGGCAUCUAUUGGCGCAUCUUCUCAUCUCACCUCUCCACACUGCCCCUCUUUCCUCCCACCCCCUGGAUUUGUGGCUUCCCCACAAACUUUCCCCUAAAGUGCCUUCAGCUUGUGUGCUACUCCCAACCCAAAGUCCCCAUAUAACAGAUUUUGGACGCACUGCUACUAAAAAAUACUUCAAAAACGGCUUUGUGCAGACAGGGCCGUCUUACCCAUAGGUGCUAGGGGUGCGGGGCACUUGGGCGCUGGGCUCUCAGGGGCACUAAGCUGAGAGUCCUGGGGCCUGAGAGUUGAGUCCAGGGAAGAACCCGCCCGUCAGUUGGAGCGACGCCGUGGGCUCUUCUGCCGCAGGCGGCUUUGUUCCGUGAGUGUGGGGGCGACCGAGCCAGCGAGACGCUGAGGUAGCUGGCCAGCUCUGCCCUCCUGCGCGCCUGGGACUGGGCAACCUGGGGGGCGGACACCAGGUGGAUCUUUGCACCCUGGCACCGCAUAUGCUUAAGACAGACCUGUGUGCAGAUCACACACAUCUUAGUGGAUUUUUCCAAAAGGGGAGACUCACACAAACCCCUUCACCCACCCUGCCCCCAUUUACCGUAUUUUUCGCUCUACAAGACGCACCAGACCACAAGACGCACCUAGUUUUUGGAGGAGGAAAACAAGAAAAAAAAAUAUUCUGAAUCUCAGAAGCCAGAACAGCAAGAGGAUCACUGCGCAGCGAAAGCAGCAAUCCCUCUUGUUGUUCUGGCUUCUGGGAUAGCUGCGCAGCCUGCAUUCGCUCCAUAAGACGCACACACAUUUCCCCUUACUUUUUAGGAGGGAAAAAGUGAGUCUUAUAGAGCAAAAAAUAUGGUAGUCCCCCUUCUCUAACCUGGGGGUCUUGUUUCUGGCUACAGAUUCCCGAGAGUGUCUUCCAGGCAGAAGCCCGAGGUGUGGACGUUUCAGUAGCCGCUGGUUACCUAGGGGUGGUGGAGACGGUCCUGACGGACGCUGAGCCUCCAUCUCUGGAUGCAGCUGCUCUUCUGGGCAUCUUGCAGCUGCUGAAGGAGGUCUCAGACUUAGAUGCCAAUGAGCCGCAGGAACUGGCAACGCUGGAGCAGCUGGGGCAGCACUACGUGGCAGUUGCCGGGGCAAUCCUGGAGGAGCAGAACGCUGAGGAGUGGUCCGAAAUAAAGCCGGUAAAAUCAUGGCUUCCUAGAAGUAGGGGUGGGUGGGUCUGGUGAGCCCCAAUAUUUGAGGCAGGAAAUCCAGAAAGCUGAAGCAGCCCUGAUAGUCCACCAUCCCUUUCCGUCCUUGAGAGUAUGUGGUCAGACGGGAGACCCUAGGGCCAUGAAGGUGACAGAGGUGACCUUGGAAGGCAAUGCAGGCCUCUUAGUAAUGUUGAUGGCAUUUUACCAUUGUACUGUGGAGAGUGCAUUAACUUAUGGUCUGUGUGUGUGGUUUGGGAGCUGCACGGUCAGGGGAAAAACAGUGCUGUCCAGGGUUGUAAAGACUGCGGAGAGAAUAAUUGGGUGCACUCUUCCCACCUUGGAUCAAAUCUACGCUUCCAGGUGCCAUAAGAAAGUUGCAGAGAUAGCGCAGGAUUGUGCACACCCUGGAAAUGAUCUCUUUCACCUUCUGCCUUCUGGGUUAUAAAGACCAGGACUAGCCGCCUGAGAAACAGUUUCUACAUAAAUGCAAUUCUGGUUUUAUACGCAGUAUAAGGAGUCUUGAUAGGAGUAUAUUGUAUUUUAAAAUGGGGUUUCAGAGUUUUUAGGGGUUUUCGAAUGUCUUAUGUAGAUUUUUCAAUUUCAUUGUUCUGUAUGGGAUAAUGUAUCGUAUCAUAGUCCCACUGACCUCACAGGGCAGUUGUUGGGGGGUUAAACACGGAGGGGAUACCUGGAGCAACUUAGAGGGUUUUUUGGGGGGUGGGGGAAGGUGGGAUAGAAACACAAUAAAUAAACAAACACUAGAUGGCUGUCCGGCCUCUGCUGGAAGAUUUUCAGGAAGGUAGAAAUAUUUGUUGUUGUUUAGUCAUUUAGUCGUGUCUGACUCUUUGUGACCCCAUGGACCAGAGCACGCCAGAGCACGCCAGGCACAGGUAGAAACAGAUAAGGAAAUAAAUAUCCCUGGGUACACACCUUAAUUAAAUGAGUUGCAUCACACCUAUGCUCGCUGCAGUUAGGCUUCUGGCAAAAAUCUAAGUUGUCAAUCCCACUGUCUGCUGUGGCAGAAUUUUACACAACUAAAUAUGUACUUUAUUACAUGAUUUACUACAUUAUUUCACAACAUCCAUUUCAAUGCAAAGGAAACGCAAUUUAGUUUGGAAGGGCAGUUCAUAGAAUCAAAGUACUGCAAAGUUGGAAGGGAUCCUCAGGGUCAUCUAGUCCAACCCCCACAAUGGAGGAAUCCCAAUUGGUUUCAUAUCAUUGGCAGGCUGAACACAACAAAGGCGAAUACCAAUCAUGUUCAUUGAUUUCAUUAUCUGAUGCCUCGUACCACCCCCUCUGUGCGACUGGCUCCAUUCUUAAACCCUCCCUGCUAUCAAGAAGCUUCCCUAAUCUUUGACCGAAAUCUACCCUCCAGUAGCUUAAGCAGCAGAGAAGUCAUAGAAUCCUAGAACCCUCGGAUUGUACAGUUGGAAGGGACCCCAGGGGCCAUUUCGUUCCAACCCACUGCAAUGCAUUAAGCAGCCUUUGCUCUCUUCCAUGGGGCAGCCCCUCAGAGACUGGAAGAGGGCAAUAAUAAUAAUAAUAAUAAGGCAGCCCUGUUGAGGGAAGUUUUGAAUGUGUGACAUUUUAAUGUAUUUUUAAUCUUUGUUGGAAGCUGCCCAGAGUGGCUGGGGUACAAAUAAUAAUAAUAAUAUAAUUUAUUUGCUUCCAACAAAAUAUUAAAAUACAGUAAUGCAUCAAACAUUAAAAGCUUCCCUAAACAGGGCUGCCUUCAGAUGUCUUCUAAAAGUCUGGUAGUUGUUCUUCUCUUUGACAUCUGGUAGGAGGGCAUUCCACAGGGCGGGCGCCACCACCGAGAAGGCCCUCUGCCUGGUUCCCUGUAACUUGGCUUCUCACAAUGAGGGAACCGCCAGAAGGCCCUCAGAGCUGGACCUCAAUGUCUGGGCAGAAUGAUGGAGGUGGAGACGCUCCUUCAGGUAUACUGGACCGAGGCCGUUUAGGGCUUUAAAGGUCAACACCAGCACUUUGAAUUGUGCUCGGAAAAGUACUGGGAGCCAGUGUAGGUCUUGCGUUCCCUGCGGGAGGAGGGCCAGGGAAGCCCAUGGGCAAAGUUGGUUGAUGAUGAUGAUGAUAAGGUUUGGGCAGCUGCUCCUGUGCUCCUCAGAUCCUUGAUGGACCCAUGACAGUUGUGGAAAACAUGGACAAGAUGGUUUCCAGCCUCCAUCAGCUCCUGAGUACAGAGAGGCCCAAAGUCACCAUCCGGAGCAAGAACGUUGGUGAGUAGCAGCAAGGUUCUGAGGUGCGAGGGGGAGGGGGAGGAAGAGCCUGGGGAAUUGUCAAAGCAAAUGUGAUGCCUGAAAUUCAGUAGGAAAGGAAUUGAAAAUAAAACUGUGAAUAUCCUAAUGCUGUUACUCAAAUCUGUGGUGGAUCCCCCACAGUACUGUGUAGAGUAAAGGUAAAGGUAAAAGGUAAAGGGACCCCUGACCAUUAGGUCCAGUCGUGGCCGACUUUGGGGUUGCCGUACUCAUCUCGCUUUACUGGCUGAGGGAGCUGGCGUACGGCUUCCGGGUCAUGUGGCCGGCAGGACUAAGCCGCUUCUGGCGAACCAGAGGCCACUGUGUUGGGGGCCCCAAAAAAUUUUAAAGGGGAAUAAAAACCUGGAUGUACAUUUCCAAAAUAUGAGAUAAAAAACAAGUAAAAUAAAACCUCCAUACAGUUAGAGCUUAAUAAUUAUUUCACUAUUAAUAUACUUCUUCUUAAUUGUAUUUCACUAUUAAUAUACUUUUUAUUAAUUGUAUUUCAAUUCAACCAUUACUUUGAUAAAAUACAUAUUUUGUUAUGUGCAAAUGGCUUGAGAUACCUAUUAGGUCCAUAAAUUACCAUAUAGCAUAUAUUCAACACAAAAAAGCAGGAACAAUUUGUUGUUGACAAAGGACAGCUGGACAUAUCAAGGGCCCCAUUACCUUCAGGAGCUGAGGGCCUCACCAAACCUAAAUCUUACAUGAAGGCAUGUAAGUCACAUUUCCCUAUUGCUGCAGGAAUGAGGAAGCUUUUUCAGCCUGGGGGCCAACAUUCCUUCUGGUUAGCCUUCUGAGGGCCACAUGACAGUAGUGUAGGUGGAGCAACUACUAUAAAUAAUUGCCUUUGUGCGGUAGGUUAGUUCCUACACACUCUCACACACACUGCUCUGGUGCUCAGGUCCUGCUCGAGUGUUCCUCACUGGGGCAUCUGAUUGGUCGCUGUGGGAACAGGGCUAGAUGGACCACUGGCCAGGGGGUGCCAACUUGAAUAAAAUAUUGUGGGGCGCCAGGUAAGCCCCACCUUGCAUAACUGAUCACAUGACACAGUGCGCACACACCAUUUGAAUGGGAAUGUCCAUCCACUUUGUGGAGGCCUGGCCCCUCAAAUAUUUUAUUGUGGGGGCCGAAGCCCCCAUGGCCCCUAGGAGCAGGCUCCUGUGCCUCUGGCCUGACCCAGCAGCCAAAGAACAGCUCUUCUCAGCCUCUUCUCAUGCAGGCUGCGAUUUCUUAAGAGUCAAGAUUUCAGGCUAUUGUAACAGGCCAUUUUCAGCCUGCAGGUUAGAGCUGGGUGACAGCAAUGAUCUGCAGCCACAAAUGGCCUCCUAUUUAACACCCUCUUAAGUCCCAUCAGCUCCAGCCAGCAUGGCCAAUGGGAGUUGUAGUCCAACAACAUUUUGGAGAUCAGCCAGGAUGGUGACGUUUGACGCAGGUGCCACAAGAGGGCGCCAUGUGGAAGAGGAGAUACUGAGUUCUUUGGUUUUGCAAUUUAUCUUGAGCUAUGAUAAGAAAAUGACAUUGAUUGCAGAUAAAAAAAAUGCGCAGAUUAUAUUCAAGGGCACAGCGCAUAACUUGCUUAUCUUCACAAAAAGAGGAAAGUUUUUCCUCCGCAAGCGAGCAUUUUUCUGAGGCUAAGUCACAGCAGGAAAAUAUUUUUGCCCCAAUUAUUUAUAAAGUGGAUGGGGGGGUGGUCAGUGGGAAGAAGAGAUCUCGAGUACAAAGCAAGGCUACUUUGCAAGAGCAGACCUACCAAGUGAAAUAUUGAGCAGAAUUCUGUCCCCCCACUGUUAGACUAACAAUGCAGGAAUUGGAAAAAAACUUAUGUCAUCUGGUAUUACUUAAUUUCUAAAUUUGUUAUGGGGCUAAGCGUUAUUGGGCCCACACAUGUAGACACAUUGUCCCUGCUCAUAGAUGUGCAGAGAUGUUUUUAAGUGAGAAAGGAGUGGCGCUCAUGUGUGGCGAAGGGGUUGUAUUCAGGAGAGCCUCUCGCCUCCCCUUCCUUGCCGCAACUGCUGCCACCUGAGUCUUACUUGACGGUUAGAUAUAUGCUCUUAAAAAGGUAAAGGACCAUUAGGUCCAGUCGUGACCGACUCUGGGGUUGCGGCGCUCAUCUUGCUUUACUGGCCGAGGGAGCCGGAGUACAGUCAUGUGGCCAGCAUGACUAAGCCGCUUCUGGCGAACCAGAGCAGCACACGGAAACACCGUUUACCUUCCCGCCAGAGUGGUACCUAUUUAUCUACUUGCACUUUGACGUGCUUUUGAACUGCUAGGUUGGCAGGAGCAGGGACCGAGCAACGGGAGCUCACCCCAUCUCGGGAAUUCAAACCACUGACCUUCUGAUUGGCAAGUCCUAGGCUUUGUGGUUGAACCCACAGCGCCACCCGCGUCCCUAAUAUAGGCUCCACUUUUUCUGGGUCCAAAUGCCCGUGGAAUUCCUUUGAGGGGAAAUGGCUUCCCCAUCCGCUUUCCUAUCACACUCUCUUCUCCUGCAUUUCCACAUGUGAUCUUUCCUUUCUCAUGAGCUUUGAAGGUGAGCCUCUCCACCUGUCUUUUAAAUGGGUGGUCUCUUUGGCUGCUGAACAGGUCGGACCCAGUAUCUUCUAAGAUGACACUACCUUGACCCUUUGCUCCCCAGGAGUAGAAGUGCGACGUGUGUCUCUCGACCGAGCAACAGCUGAUGGCGCUGCGUACAUGAUGCUGAACCAAGACGCUCCAGACCAGAUCGAAGUCCCAAGGGAAGAAGUGGAGAGGCUGAGAGUGAGAGGUGGAGAGGGGAUUUAUUUAUUUUUAAUGUAUUGCAUUCAUAUGCCACUUGUCUUGAUUCUCCCCCUCCUCAUUUGGUCCCUGUGAGGGAGGUCAAGCUGAGAGGCAGUGACUGGCCCCCAAGGUCACCCCGGGGGCUUCCUGGCUGAGUGGGAAUUCGAACCCUGGUCUCUUCCAGGUCCUGGGCCAACACUCUGACCCCUGCACCCAACGUCGGCAACUUAAGGCCCAUGGGCCAGAAGCGGCCCACGAAGGCAGUUUAACCGGCCCCCAAAGCACCCCCAAACCAACCGAUGUUGUAAAUUACUAUGUUAAUGUUAAAAUGAAAAGAAAGAAAGAUGUAAAUGGACUAAGUAAAUUUUAUGUGAAAAUAGUUUUGGAAAACCGCUACAAUGGAGUAUAUGGAAACUCAGCUAGGGGGAUUCAAGGAAGUCAUUCAACAAUGUUAACAAAAGUGGAAUUAUUAUAAGUUGGUUUGUUUGUUUGCGCUUGCCCAGACGCCAGAAAUCACUUCUGCGCAUGUCCACAGUGCCAGAAAUGGCUUCUGUGCAGGUGUGAUUUUCAGCAUCUGGGCAUGCGCAGAAGCGUUUUACGACACCAAAGACAUGCGCAGAGGGAAUUUCUGGCAGGGUUAGGGAUAGGUUUAGGGUUAGGGUUAGGGUUAGGGUUAGGGUUAUGUGUAGGGUUAGAGUUAGGGGUAGGGGUAGGGUUAGGGAUAGGGAUAGGGAUAGGGAUAGGGAUAGGGUUAUGUUUAGGGGUAGGGGUAGGGGUAGGGGUAGGGGUAGGGGUAUGGAGAGGGAUAGGGUUAGGGUUAGGGUUAGUUUUAGGGUUAGGGUUAGGGUUAGGGUUAGGGUUAGGGUUACGGUUAGUUUCAGGUUUAGGGUUAGGGAUAGGGAUAGGGUUAGGGUUAGGGUUAGGGUUAGGGUUAGGGCUCGGGUUAGGGAUAGAGAUAGGGUUAGGGUUAGGGUUCGGGUUCGGGUUCGGGUUAGGGUUAAGAUUAGGGUGGCGCGGGGUUACGGUUAGGGUUAGGGGUAGCGUUAGGGGUAGGGUUAGGGGUUAGGGUUAGGGGUAGGGGUAGGGGUAGGGUUAUGAUUAGGAUUAGGGUUAGGGUUCGGGUUCGGGUUCGGGUUAAGAUUAGGGUGGCGCGGGGUUACGGUUAGGGUUAGGGUUAAGAUUAGGGUGGCGCGGGGACUCUCUUGCACAGCUCCAGAAAUUGCUUAUUGGAAUGCCCAGACGCGGGUAAUCGCUUCUGCGCAUGUCCGCAGUGCCAGAAAUUGCUUCUAUGCAGGUUUGAUUUUCAGCAUCUGAGCAUGCGCUGAAGCAUUUUGCAGCACCACAAACAUGCGCAGAGGCAAUUUCUGGCAGGGUUAGGGUUAGUUUUAGGGUUAGGGUUUGUUUUAAGGUUAGGGUUAGCGUUAGGGUUAGGGUUAGGGUUAGGGUUAGGGUUAGGGUUAGGGUUAGGGUUAGGGUUAGGGUUAGGGUUAGGGUUAGGGUUAGGGAUAGGGAUAGGGAUAGGGUUAGGGUUAGGGUUAGGGUUAGGGUUAGGGUUAGGGUUAGGGUUAGGGUUAGGGUUAGUUUUAGGGUUAGGGUUAGGGUUAAGGUUAGGGAUAGGCUUAGCGAUAGGGUUAGGGUUAGGGCUAGGGUUAGGGUUAGGGUUUGGGUUAGGUAUAGGCUUAGGGAUAGGGAUAGGGAUAGGGUUAGGGAUAGGGAUAGGGAUAGGGAUAGGGUUAGGGUUAGCGUUAGGGUUAGGGAUAGGGAUAGGGAUAAGCUUAGGGAUAGGGUUAGGGUUAGGGAUAGGGAUAAGGAUAGGGUUAGGGAUAGUGAUAGCGAUAGCGAUAGGGAUAGGGUUAGGGUUAGGGUUAGGGAUAGGGUUAGGGUUAGGGUUAGGGCUAGGGUUAGGUUUAGGUUUAGGUUUAGGUUUAGGGUUAGUUUUAGAGUUAUAGUUAGGGUUAGGAUUAGUGUUAGUGUUAGGGUUAGGCUUAGUUUUAGCGUUAGGGUUAGGGUUAGGGUUAGGCUUAGUUUUAGGGUUAGGGAUAGCGAUAGGGAUAGGGAUAGGGUUAGGGAUAGGGAUAGGGAUAGGGAUAGGGUUAGGGUUAGGGUUAGGGUUAGGGUUAGGGUUAGGUUUAGGGAUAGGCUUAGGCUUAGGCUUAGGCUUAGCCUUAGGCUUAGGCUUAGGCUUAGGCUUAGGCUUAUGCCUAGGCCUAGGCUUAGGCUUAGGCUUAGGCUUAGUCUUAGGCUUAGGCUUAGGCUUAGGCUUAGGCUUAGGCUUAGGAUAGGUUUAGGGUUAGGGUUAGGGAGAGGGAUAGGGAUGGAUAGGGAUAGGGAUAGGGAUAGGGAUAGAGUUAGGAAUAGGGUUAGGGAUAGGGAUAGGGAUAGAGUUAGGAAUAGGGUUAGGGUUAGGGUUAGGGUUAGGGUUAGGGUUAGGGUUAGGGUUAGGGUUAAGGUUAGGUAUAGGCUUAGCGAUAGGGUUAGGGUUAGGGUUAGUGGUUAGGGUUAGGGUUAGGGUUAGGGUUUGGGUUAGGGAUAGGCUUAGGGUUAGGGUUAGGCUUAGGCUUAGGCUUAGGCUUAGGCUUAGGAUAGGUUUAGGGUUAGGGAGAGGGAUAGGGAUGGAUAGGGGUAGGGAUAGAGUUAGGAAUAGGGUUAGGGAUAGGGAUAGGGAUAGAGUUAGGAAUAGGGAUAGGGUUAGGGUUAGGGUUAGGGUUAGGGUUAGGCUUAAGCUUAGGCUUAGGCUUAGGCUUAGGAUAGGUUUAGGGUUAGGGUUAGGGAGAGGGAUAGGGAUGGAUAGGGAUAGGGAUAGGGAUAGAGUUAGGAAUAGGGUUAGGGAUAGGGAUAGAGUUAGGAAUAGGGAUAGGGUUAGGGUUAGGGUUAGGGUUAGGGUUAGGGUUAAGGUUAGGUAUAGGCUUGGCGAUAGGGUUAGGGUUAGUGGUUAGGGUUAGGGUUAGGGUUAGGGUUUGGGUUUGGGCUAGGGAUAGGCUUAGGGUUAGGGAUAGGGAUAGGGAUAGGGAUAGGGAUAGCGGAAAUAAAUGAUGGGCAGCCUGGUCCCUGCCACAACCAGGCCACAACAAACUUCUGUUACUUCCCACCCAAGUCUUGAUCACUAAAAUAUAACCUAAAACUGUCAUUUAAAAAAUCAUUUUGGUAGUACAGCUUGUUCCCUAAGUUUUAUGGCAGUCGCACAAAAUUUGGCCACCCUGAGCGUGAUCUCUAGAUCCUUGUCCUCUACCAGGAGUUUUAGACAUUGGAGUUUGGACCCAUUUUGGAGAUUUUAGCAUAACAGGAGUGAUAAAUACCGAGCAUAUAUCCCCGUAGAAAUGGCAGCAUAACAAGACAUGAGAGACAGUUUCUACCUCCAUCAAGCCGCAGGGGCAGACUCGUUCCACGUACGGUUUACCCUUGAAUCUGCCCUGCAAUAAGGCAGGUGGCAGCACGUGGAAUCUAGCGAGGGUAAACGACCGUCUGUAUUUGGGUAUUUGUAACUUUGACAAAUAAUUUAUUGGGUUAAAUCCUCUCCAUUAUCUUUUAUUGCUGGGUGUUUAUUCAUCUCGCUCACUGUUGUGUUUUAUGAUUUUUCUGAUAUUGUAAGUGAGCCGGAACUGGUCUGUGACCGUAAUGAUAAAAUUCAUUCAUUCCCGCCCAGGUCUGCGCCAGAUCACCAUGACCAACACCUGGUAUGGCUACAGUUCCCUCCAGCGCCUUCUCACCAGUGGCAGUGCUGUGCUCCAGGAUGCAGCCGUGUCAGACGGGGGAAGGAGGUAGGUGAGCUGGGUCAUAGCUCAGGUCUUUCCUACCUCACCCAACCUCCUGAUUUAUUUUUCACCCAGCUCCUUUAGUACCCUGCAGCUCAUCAGGCCCUGGAGAUCUGAAUUCAUUUAAAGUAGCCAGGUGUUCCCUUACCAUCUCUUUUCCUAUCUUGGACUGCAGCUCCCUCCAUACAUCAUUGAUUCAGUUAUCACCAGGUUGGGCAUCGCUUUCCUUGUGGGUGAAGACAGAGGCAAAGUAGGUGUUGAGUAGUUCCGCCUUCUCUCUGUCGCCCGAUAGCCUUUCCCCGUCUUCUCCAUGCAGAAGACCCUUCACUUGCUUGUUCUUCCUCUUGCUUUGGCCAUAGCCCCCAAGCCCCUUUUUAUUGUUUCUGAUCUCUCUUGCAAGCCUGAGCUCAUUCUGAGCUUUAGCCAGCCUGACUUUGCCCCUGCAACUGUUGGCUACUCGUCCAUACUCCUCCUUAGUGAUUUCUCCCUUUUGCCAUUUCUUGACUCUCAGCUCAUCUGUAAGCUCCUUAUGCAGCCACAGUGGUUUCCUUAGAUGCCUCCCACUUUUCUUUCUUGUUGGAAUUGUCUGCAGUUGGGUGUCUUCAAUAUUUCUCCUUUUGGAAACUCCCAUCCAUCUUGGACUCCCUUCUCUUUGAGUAUUUCUGACCAUGGGAUCUCACCCAGUAGCUGCUUAAGCUUGUUAAAAUUGGCCUUCUCAAAGUCCAGAGUGCAUGUCUGACUACCCUCAGCUUCCCCUUGCCUCUCUAUCAUGAAACCCAAGAGGACAUGAUCAUUUCCUCCCAAGUUUCUGAGCACUUCCACUUCAUCAAUCAUCUCCUCCCUGUUGGUGAGGACCAGGUCCAAGAUAGAUGAUCUCCUUCUUGCUUCUUCAGCCUUCUGGGAAAUGAAAUGGUCAGCGAGGCAGUGGAUGAAUUUGUUGGACCUUACAUUCUUGGCAGAGUUUGAAUUCCAACAGAUAUUGGAGAAGUUGAAGUCUUCCAUGACCACUAUAUCUCUCCUCUCCUCUGAACAUGUGCAGAGGAGGGCGACCAAGAUGGUUAAGGGUCUGGAAACUAAGCCUUACAAGGAGUGCUUGAAGGAGCUGGGUAUGUUUAGCCUGGAAAAGAGGAGACUGAGAGAAGAUAUUAUAGCUAUCUUCAAAUAUCUUAAGGGCUGUCACAUGGCUUCUUUUCUCCUGCUCUGGAGGGCAAGACUCAAACUAAUGGAGAUUCCGACUAAACAUCCAUGACAGAUGGCCAUCCAACGUCUACUUUAUAACCUCCAAGGAAGGAGAGUCCACCACCUCCUGAGGGAGACUAUUCCACUGUUAAACAGCACUUUACCAUCAGAAAGUUCUUCCUGAUGUUUAGUCAGAAUCUCUCCUUUCUUGUAACUUGAAGGCACUGGUUUGAGUCCUCACCUCCAGAGUAGGAGAAAACAAGCUUUCUCCCUCUUCCAUGUGACAGCCCUUGAGAUAUUUGAAGUUGGCUCUAACAUCUCCUCUCAGCCUCCUCUUUUCCAGGCUAAACAUACCCAGCUCCCUCAACUGUUCUUCAUGAGACUUGGUUUGCAGACCCUGAAUCAUAUUGGUCGCCCUCCUCUGCACACCUUCCAGCUUGUCAAUAUCCUUCUUGAUUUGUGGCGCCCAGAACUGGAUGCAGUAUUCCAUGUGUGGUCUGACCAAGGCAAUGUAGACUCACCAGAGUUAGGUGGACCAAUGAUUUUUCUUGGUAUAAAACAGCUUCCUAUAGCAAAUACUGGCACCAUUUAGCCAAAGCUAUGCAGGACCAAUAUGAUUCAGGGUCAUAUUGUAAAGCAGAGACAUCACCUUGCCAACAAAGGUCCGUAUAGUUAAAGCCAUGGUUUUCCCAGUAGUGAUGUAUGGAAGAGAGAGCUGGACCAUCAAGAAGGCUGAUCACCGAAGAAUGGAUGCUUUUGAAUUAUGGUGCUGGAGGAGACUCUUGAGAGUCCCAUGGACUGCAAGAAGAUCAAACGUAUCCAUUCUGAAGGAAAUCAGCCCUGAGUGGUCACUGGAAGGACAGAUCCUGAAGCUGAGGCUCCAAUACUUUGGCCACCUCAUGAGAAGAGAAGACUCCUUGGAAAAGACCCUGAUGUUGGGAAAGAUUGAGGGGACAAGGAAAAGGGGACGACAGGGGACGAGAUGGUUGGACUGUGUUCUCGAAGCUACAAACAUGAGUCUGACCAAACUGCAGGAGACAGUGGAAGACAGGAGUGCCUGGCGUGCUCUGGUCCAGGGGGUCACGAAGAGUCGGACACGACUAAACGACUAAACAACAACAACAAAUGCAGGACCAGGUCUGCUCAAUAUAUAGGUGGGUGACCACCUGGGAACCAGAUGUAUGUUUCCAUGAUGGAAAGAAGGAUGUAUAUUAGGGUUGCCAUGUUUCAAAAAGUGAAAACCCGGACACCAAAGUUUUUGCCUUGAGAUGAAAACUGCAGAACCUAAUUGUCUGGGUUUUUGGGGGGGUGGACACAAGGUGGCGCUGCCACCAUUUGCAUUUCAGAUAGGGAGGUGGAGCUUCUGUGGGCAUGGGAACGGCAGAAAUGGUUUAUCUGCUAGGCAGGUGUGUGAGAGUGAGUGUGGCUCGUUCACUCUUUAUAUUAAUUAAAACGAGCGCUAGGCUGGCUAAAGGAUAAGUUCAGGUCUGCCCAGGCAAAGAGAUUUCCAUAUGUUAGCAAUUCGUUUUGCAGCAAAAGCACCUUCAAGGUUUAUUCUUGUAUCUGAUGCAGAGGGAAGCUCAUGGCUGUUUAGGUGCCACAAAUCUCGUCCGUGUUUAUCUUAAGAAUCUGCAGCCUGGCUUUUUCCUUAAAAAAAUAAAAGUAAAAUAAAUAUUCAGGGCACUUUACAAAAUUCAGUAUAAAAUCCCAGCAGGAAAUAACAAAAGUUUGCUACAAGAAUCCUCAGGACAGCAAUGCGUGUUCGUGAAUUACUGUAAGCAGAACUGUGGACGCAGCACAUCUACGAAUACAAAUGAAUGGCUAUUGAAAGCUCAGGUGAGCAGAAUGAAUUUGGCCCUGGAGUCUAAAAGUGAGGGUCAUCAUGGCACCUCUGUUGCUUGUGGAACGCUCUCCCCGCGGAGGUGGUGCCAUCGUUACAUAUCUUCAGCGCCAGGCGAAAACAUUCCUUUUAAACCAGGCCUUUGGCUUUUACCUAUGCCUUAUAGAGUGGGUGGGAUGUUUUAAUGUAUGCCCUUCCCUGCCAUAUUUUAAUGUAUAUAUGUGGGUUGGUUUGUUGGUGAGUGGUUGAGUUGCUUUGGCAAAAAACAACAACACAAAAGUGUCUAGUAAAUAAAUAAGCAAACACUUUUUCCAUUUCUGCCCCAGGUACUUGAGCACCCAGGCAGGCUCCUCCAUCAUCUCCUCCUCUCUGGUCAGCGACUACGAGGAAAUCAGCACCGCUGUGCGUUACCGCCUCUGGCACCGGGUCCAGGUGAGGCUUUGCAGUCCAAUCCUGCUGCAAAUGGGCAUCUUUGUGGAUAAACAUGUGGAGCAGGGGAGAAGAAGGCAAUGGUUGUGGAAGGGCAUGAAGUAUGUGGAAGAGCCAUAGCUCAUUGACAGAGCAGAAGGUCCUGGGUUCAAUCCCCAGCCACAGAGCCAGGUACGGCUGGAAGAGAUUUCUGCUUGAAACUCCGUCCGUUGGUGUAGAGAAGUGGCUCCCCCACUUUUGGGGGCCACUGCCCCCUUGGUUUUAUCAACUCAUCCCCAGUGAUCUUACUCUACCCUAUAAAACACAUUAUUCAGAUUAGCAGUUUGCAUGACCCACUAAAAAAAGAUCAAACAGUGUUGAUUUCCCAUUUGUUCAAAAUGCAGUUGAAACUAGUAAGUUUAAUUAACUCAGCAAAACGGAUGAACUUGAAUUGAUCCAGUGAUACCAGCCCUUCAGAGGGCCCCCCUGCUGCCCCCUUACCUCUCAGUGCCCCCCAGGUAAUUCCACUGCCCCCCAGGGGUGCUACUGCCCACCUUACAAACCUCUGAGCUAAACAGGUGGAGCAAAGGUCUGAUAACUUCCUAUGUUCCUGCGAAGGGACACUGGUGCAGACCAGGGCUGCUCAAGAUGUUUUGCUGCCUGAGGCAAAGGGUACGAUUGUGCCCUCCUCGCAUUCCUCACCCAGAAGGUGAGUGGACCAGCAGGUGAAAGAGUGAGAACAGAGUCUGACCUCACGCUUCAGAGAAGCAGGCUAGCUUAGGAUGGCCAAGGCCAGGCCAGGCUGUGGGACACAGCCGGUGGCUUCAGGAAGAAUUGCUGGAGGCUAAUGACAGGGCCGGCCCUGGUCGACAAUUACCAUAUGACUUUUUUUAAAAAAAGAGUACUGUGUUUUUGUGCACAUACCCCAAUCCUAUGUUUGUGGAUGACAUGGAGGGUCAGAGACAGUCCAUUAGGGAAAGAGCCCAGUCCCUGCUUCUCAGAAUCUGAUACCUCUGGGAAGCCCCCAAGAAGGGCAUGGGGAAAUUCCCCCCUUCCACCGCUGCACCCCAGCAAUUGAUGUUCAAAGCGUGCCGCUUCUGACCCUGGUCUGCAUAGGCCAUGGGUGUGGAACUGGAUCCAUCCAGCAGCCUAGAGCCAGGACUCUCCCUCCCUCUGUGGGUCCUUUUGGUAGGAAGGAAGAACAGCCCACCAGUCAGUUGCCCAGCAUCAUAGUGAGAGCCCGUGUGGUAUAAUGGAGAGAGCAUUGGAUUAGGAUCUGGGAGACCAGGGUUCGAAUCCCCGCUCUGCAAUAAAGUUCACUGGGUAUGUAUGACCUUGGGGCAGUUGCUGCCUCUCAGCCUACCCAGCUGCCCAGACUGGUUGUGGGUAUUAAAUGGGGGAGGAGGAGACCCAUGCGUAGCACAUUGAGCUCCCUGCAGGAAAAGAUAAUAUAUAUUGUAAAUGUAAAAUAAAUAAAAUAAAUGCUUCAGGACUGAGCCUGGCAGCUUGUAAAAGAAAGUUCAGGGUUCUUCCUCUGGAAAGGAAAUAUUAGGAGCGCAGUCCCAAUUCUCCAUUUUCAGAGCGGCCCUUUUGGUGUUUGCAUCUCUUGCAUCCUGCGAUGUUGGGGAGAUGGCCAGGGGGGUGGGGCCAAAUGAGGAUGUCUCACAAAGCCUAAUUAGGCCCAUAGGUAGAGGUUCCAUAACAGGAGUAUAUAGCCAUUGUGAUUGAUAGCCGUGGGUAAAAAGGUAAAGGUAAAGGGGCCCCUGACCAUUAGGUCCAGUCGUGACCGACUCUGGGGUUGCGGCGCUCAUCUUGCUUUAUUGGCCGAGGGAGCCGGCGUACAGCUUCCGGGUCAUGUGGCCAGCAUGACUAAGCCGCUUCUGGUGAACCAGAGCAGCGCACGGAAAUGUCGUUUACCUUCCCACCGGAGCGGUACCUAUUUAUCUACUUGCACUUCGGUCUUUCAAACUGCUAGGUUGGCAGGAGCAGGGACCGAGCAACGGGAGCUCAACCCCGUUGCGGGGAUUUGAACCGCCGACCUUCUGAUUAGCAAGUCCUAGGCUCUGUGGUUUAACCCACAGCGCCACCCGCGUUGGUAGCCAUGGGUAGCCUUGUCUAAUUCGUUUUUAAAGCUCUCCAUGUUGGUGGUCAUCCCAAGGUGGUGGUGAGCCCUUUUAUUAUUUAUUUAUUUAUUUCAUUUAUGUCCCCACCUUUUCCUCCAUGGCACUCUAACCACUACACGCCCCAGCUCCCCUUCCUCAAAGUGGCCCAUGUAGCUGCAGGGUGGCUGCCUUUGUGUAAGUGCUGAUCGUGGUGGUGUGUUUGAACUGGCAGUGAUCGAGAGGGCGGGGUUGACCCUGUUGUUUAGAGUGGAUCCCCUUUGGGGCUUGGUCCAGAGCUUGCUUCUCUGUAGGGCUCAAGACUCCCACUGUUUCCAUCCCACCGCAGGCUCUGCCAGACCAGUUUGUGGAGCCAGUGUGCGCCUUCUGGAACUUCAGCAGAAGGUAGGUAGCUCAGGAAAGGGGAACUGCCAUUUUGGCUGCAUUACGAAGGGAGCGAUGGAGAGAGGAAGAGCUUCGCAGGCAUGGAAGCUCAGAUUGAGGGUGGGAGGGCAGCAGUCUGUAGGGUGGAGGGCCAUAGAAGCACAGAGCUGUAGAAUUGGAAGGGAUCCCACGGGUCAUUAGUCCCAGCCCCUGAAAUCCAGGACUCACAAGUAAGGAAUCCCUGACAGAUGACCAUCCAACCUCUGCUUUAAAAUCUCCAGUGAAGUAGAAUGAAUGAACGGAUCUUUAUUUGCAUCAGCCAUAGGCCAUAGCAAUAAUACAACAAUACGAUAUACAAAAAAUAAAAAUAAGAAGUCAACUAUAUAAAAUACAUUUUAGGGUUUUGAAUCAAAAGUCAAAUUUGUUGUUGUUGUUGUUUAGUCGUUUAGUUGUGCCCGACUCUUCAUGACCCCCUGGACCAGAGCACGCCAGGCACUCCUGUCUUCCACUGCCUCCCGCAGUUUGGUCAGACUCAUGCUGGUAGCUUCGAGAACACUGUCCCACCAUCUCGUCCUCUGUCGUCCCCUUCUCCUUGAGCCCUCCAUCUUUCCCAGCAUCAGGGCCUUUUCCAGGGAGUCAUCUUUUCUCAUGAAGUGGCCAAAGUAUUGGAGUCUCAGCUUCAGGAUCUGUCCUUCCAGCGAUCAGCCUUCUUUAUGAUCCAGCUCUCACUUCCAUACAUCACUACUGGGAAAACCAGAGCUUUAACUAUACGGACCUUUGUUGGCAAGGUGAUGUCUCUGCUUUUUCAGAUUUUGAAUCAAUAGUCAAAGAGUGGAUGUUAUUCUAAUUGCCCCAGCUAAAAACCUUGCAACCUUUGCUGUCACCCCAAUGAAGCAGAGUCCACCUCUUUCGGAGGGAGUCCAUUCCACUGUCAAACAGCUCUUCCCGUCAGAAAGUUCUUCCUAAUAUCUAGUCAUAAUGCCUUUCUUGUCAUCUGAAUCCCUUGGUCUGGGCCCCACCCUCCAGAGCAGCGGAAAACAAGCUUGCCACAUCUUCCGUGGGAGAGCAUGUCAGAGGAAGAUCAGUCUCUCAUCUCCUUUCGGUCUCCUCUUUUGCAGGCUAAGCAGACCCAGCUCCCAUGCGGAAGUCUGAAAUCUGGGUCAUAGUUCCUUCCUGUAAAACAGAGCUUUCCAAACUGUGUUGUGACACAUUAGUGUGUCGGCUGCAGUGCGUAGGUGUGUCAGGCAAAUGCUCCAUACUCUCUACUUAGGGCUGGAAAGGAGUUAGUUUAACCUCCGGUUUCCUAGUAAAACUGAAUUACUGUGUCGCGAAAUGAUGACGCAUGUCUAAAAGUAUGUCACCAACAUGAAAAGUUUGGGAAGCUCUGCUGUAAAAUCUCUGGUUCUGGAGUCCACAGCAUGGCACCUCUGGACACCCUCAGAUGGGGAAGAAAUUUGACACGGUUCAUAGUUAGAGGCAGACAUACCUGAUUAGCAGUUUCUGAAACAAGAUGCAAACAAAAACUCAGCUGCUGUUUGAAAUCCAUACCUUUCACAAUUUUUUGCAAAGCAAGUAAUAAAAUAAAUACAUACACUUGGGUUAAAAGUGUGAAUAAAAAUGCCCAUAUUAGUGAAAAUAAUAUACAAACAUGCGUUGUAUUAGAGAAAGUAGUUUUGCAAAAAUGGAUUUGCCAGCCAGAAUUGCAUACACAAAUGUGUAUGUCAAGAGAAAUUUGCACUAAAAUGGCUGAUGAUUUCUCAUGAGGACUUUUUCUAAAUAAAAGGAAAUUGCAAAGUCAUGUGGAAGUUUGGAGAAAGGAACUCACUGAUGGAAAAAUGAGAAACUGACAUUGAAUGGUUCACUCAUCCCUGCCUUGGUGCCUGCCAACACCCCCUGCCCCUCUGAGUUUUUCCGCCUCCCCUUUCAAAUUGGGUUUUUAUUGACUUAUUUAUUUGAAUGUGUGUUGAUGGGAAGAUGUUGCCAUGCUUUACCUGCUGCUUUGAGGGUGUUCUGUGCAAUGUCAGUUUCCCCCCCUGUGAAAUGGGUAUUUAUUUGUUCCCAUGGCAGUUGCUUACAUUUCCAAGUGUGCCUGAAAAAUGGGAGACCCUUAUGCCUCCUGUGUUCAGUCAGUCAACCAAUUCACUCCCUUGCCUGAGAUUGAUAAGACUGUUAUGUGUUUAUUCUUAACACCCCAACCUGCUACGAGGAGCCUUUUGUUGCGGAGGGAGGCUCCCUCCUGCAAAGUUAUUUGCAAAUGAGUGACCUUUCCCUGGAGGCCCCACUGAAUUAUGCCUCCAGCCUGCGACAGAGGAGAGUUGCUUGGAGAAUUAUGGCCCGCAAGGAAUGCAGGAUGCUCAGUGCACCGUAAAUAUGGUCUGACGUGGGAUGUUGUUUCCUUGUCUGGGUCAUCAAGGAGCAGAUGGUGGGGCUUUGCCAAAAACUCCAGGGGAGGGGGCUGGCCUUCACCAAAGGGGAUCCUUCUCAGGUCCAGAACCUUUGUGCUCAUUUGGAAACGUGGCAGCACUUGGGACUCAAGGCGAGGAGGGGGUGACAUGUUUCGUUAAACUCAAGCGCGGCGGUGAGGACAGGCACCUUGCUUUGUUUUUAAGGGAGACACCGUGGCUCCCUGAAAAAGCAACUGCUCUGCAUUUAGAAGGUCCUUGGUCCAAUUCCUGGCAUUUCCAGGGGGGACUGGGUGAGACCCCCCUGCCUGAAAUCCUGGAGGGCUGCUGCCUGCCAGAGUUGACAGGGCAGAGCUGGGUGGAUCAAUACUCUGACUCAGCAUAGGGCAGCUUCUUCUCAUGUUCCUUUGGCUGAGGGGGCUGCUGAGGGGGCUUCUUGUUCCUUCUUCCGGCCAUGGUGGCUGGGACUGGGCUUCCUGGACACGCAGCUCUGCAGUUCAUUGGCCCAGUUCUUCCCAAACCUUUCCAGGGUUCCACAAACUGACCGCUGGUUCCGGCUUCCCUGUCAAAACCAUUAUUUAGAAUAGCGGUUUGCUCCGCCCACUAAGGAGGACGACAACGCGAUAAAAUUCAAAGCAGCAGCAAAUAAUUGCACGUUUAUUCAAAAUCCAAUCAAAACUGUUUACUUUCAUUCUUGUGUUGGAGGGGCGUUGGGCUAGAUGAUGAUGAUGAUGAUGAUAAUAAUUUAUUAUUUACAUGCUGCCCAUCUGGCUGGGUUUCCCCAGCCAGUCUGGGAGGCUUCCAACAGAACACUAAAAUACAAUAACCUAUUAAAAGCUUCCCUAAACAUGACCUUCAGGGUCCCUUCCAAUACUACAAUUCUAAUUCAACAAAAUUGAUGAGCUAGAUCCAGUGAGGUCUGAUGAGUCCUUUGCACCUCCAGUACCCACUUCUGCUGCCCCCUCUCCUCCUAAUACCCCUCUAAGUAAUCUCACUGCUUAAACCCUUGGGGGGUGGUUGGUGGGGGUGGGGGGAGCACUCUGGUUUGGCUAAGAGCCCCCUGUUUGUCAGCAAGCCUGUCUGGGGCAACCAAAGCUCUGUGCUUCUCUCUGGUUUCAACAGCUGUUUGCUGCUGACUCCCCUCAUUGGGUGCUGCUGGACUUGGAGAUAAUAAUAAUAAUAAUAAUAAUAAUAAUAAUAAUAAUAAUAAUAAUUUAUUCAUACCCCGCCCAUCUGGCUGGGUUUCUCCAGCCACUCUGGGCGGCUUCCAACAAAAUAUUAAAAUACCGUAAUGCAUCAAACAUGAAAAGCUUCCCUAAACAGGGCUGCCUUCAGAUGUCUUCUAAAAGUCAUGUAGUUGUUUAUUUCCUUGACAUCUGAUGGGAGGGUGAUCCACAGGGCGGGUGCCACUUCUGAGAAGGCCCUCUGCCUGGUUCCCUGUAACUUGGCCUCUUGCAGUGAGGGAACCGCCAGAAGGCCCUCGGAGCUGGACCUCAGUGUCUGGCAGAAUGAUGGGGGUGGAGACACUCCUUCAGGUAUACUGGACCAAGGCUGUUUAGGGCUUUAAAGGUCAGCACCAACACUUUGAAUUGUUUGUCCUUCGGUCCCUGUUGGGCUUCUCCCCCUCUCUCUCCUUUCAUGCCCUGCUAGCCCCAAAGGAGGAAGAGGAGGAGGCUGGUCCACUGCAGGCUGCUCUGUUAUCACCUCCCACCUGGAAUUCACCACCUGCUCUUGCAACCACACCACCAACUUUGCAGUGCUGCUGCAGGUCUACGAAGUGCAGGUGAGAGAGACUGAACCCUUUGCUUAAGGGAGCCAGGGGGCGGGCAGGUUGGGGGGCGGAGGAACAGGCCUUAGUGCCAUCCCAAAAUGUUUUUUCUGCCUGCAAUGAAUGGCAAUGUGGUGCCUCUUUCUCCACCCCACAUACAAAAGCCACAGGUUUGCACUGGCAGCUGGAUAACUCUUUCACCACAGAGGUGUGUCUGGCACCUUCAUUAUACAGCUUUACUCGAAUACUGAAGACAUACCUCUUUACCUUGGCUUUUGACACUUGAGGUGUAUGUAUUUGGACCCAUGUAAUUUCUGUAAUUUUUGUUAGGAGAGCUUGCAGCCCGGGUAAAUUAGAUUGAAAUAACCACUUACUGUUUCUGGAGUUCAAAGGCUUUAUUCAUGCAGGAGCUAUUAACAGAAUGAGUAGGAUAAAAGAGAGAAGUACCAAAUAUCUUGUCUCAACAUGUUGGACGAGAGAACACAAAAUGCUUCAGCUUUUAGUGGUGCAGUUAACUUAUAGAGGCCCCAAGCAAGUGUUGGAUAGAUUGCUAGGCAAACAGCGUCCUCAUGUGGUUUGAAGCAACACAUGCAUGAAAUAGAAGCUCAAGAGAAGGAAAUACAUUUGCUUUUUUCCAACACUUUCAAGUUGUUUUAAAAUGAUUUCAAUGUUGUGCUUUAGUUGUAGUAACCUGCCCUGGGACUUUGGGGUGAUGAAUGGGUAAUAAAUGGUAGUAGUACUAGGAGGAGGAAUAAUAAUAAUAAUAAUAAUAAUAAUAAUGGGGCAGUCCACCACACCUCAGUCAAGUGGGCUUUUUGAGGGCGGGUGGGGGUGGUUUGCAGGACAUCCUGUGUGGCCUACCCAGCUCUAUCCACCAGUAAAAGGAAAUGGCUGGGGAGGGGCUUGGGUGGAAUAGCCAGGGGUUGUACCUACCCCAACACCCACCAACUGAGGCAGCUGCCUCACUUUGCCUAACAGUAGAGCUGACCCUGCUUAGCAAGUUGUUCCUGUAUGUUUGAGCAGAGGAGUGCAGAGGAGGAGUCAACGCUGAAGACCUUGACCUUUGUCGGCUGCGGUGUCUCGUUCUGUGCCCUGAUCUUCACCUUCGUCCUCUUCCUGGCAGUUGGGUAAGGCUGGAUCAGGGCCACGUCUCCAGAAGCAACACGGGUGCAGGAUGGGGGCGAUUUCCUUACAGAAGAACAUCAUGACACUCUGUUGGAUCAGGCCAAUGGGGGCCCAUCUAGUCCAGUAUCCUGUUCUCACAGUGCCCCCCCCCAGAUGCCAGAGGGAGACCCCACAAGCAAAAUCCGAGCACAAGAACCCUCUUGUGCUAUCUUGGAUACCCCCACACACCAAUCUAAGAUCUAGUCAGCUGCCCCAGGUCUGUGCUCUAAGAAGCAGUUGCAGCAGCCAGGAACCCCUCCCCCUCCCCCAUACGCACCUUUCCCCAGUGGGCUGUGUGCUGGUAGCCAGAGACUACACCUGCAUGGAAGAUGCCUCUGCUCUUCCCUCUUCAGCCCCUUCCUGGUUUGGGAGACCAAGUGCAGGGGAGGCGCCUGGCGGUUCACUUGCCCGGCCUGCCUCUUCCUCCAGCUUUGAAGCUGCCUCUGCCUCUGAUUCCUGCCUGCCACAGGCUCCCACAAACCACUGCCCCCCUCUCCUGAGUCCGACUCCAAGCCUCCUUCCCCCAGUGCACACUGGUCAGCGCCCUGCCAGUCCCUGCCAGAUUCCUGCCUCCAACUGUGGAGACAGAGCAGAGUAAUAAUAGUAAUAAUAAUAAUAAUAAUAAUAAUAAUAAUAAUAAUAACAACAACAACAAUAAUAAUUUAUUUAUACCCCGCCCAUCUGGCUGGGUCUCCCCAGCCACUCUGGGCGGCUUCCAAUCAAGUGUUAAAAACAAUACAGCAUUAAAUAUUAAAAACUUCCCUAAACAGGGCUGCCUUCAGAUGUCUUUUAAAGAUAAGAUAGCUGCUUAUUUCCUUCACAUCUGAAGGGAGGGCGUUCCACAGGGUGGGCGCCACCACCAAGAAGGCCCUCUGCCUGGUUCCCUGUAGCUUUGCUUCUCGUAAUGAGGGAACCGCCAGAAGCCCUCGGCGCUGGACCUCAGUGUCCGGGCAGAAUGAUGGGGUGGAGACGCGCCUACUGGACCGAGGCCGUUUAGGGCUUGAAAGGUCAGCAUCAACACUUUGAAUUGUGUUCGGAAACGUACUGGGAGCCAAUGUAGGUCUUUCAAGACCGGUGUUAUGUGGUCCCAUCCCUAGUCCGCCCACUAUUCCUCCAUGAAUUUGUCUCAUCCUCUUUCAAAGCCAUCCCAGUUGGAGGCCAUCCCUGCCUCCUGUGGUACUGAGUUCCAAAGGACCGGACAAAUUAAUGGAGAUGGAGGAGGAGGAGAAGGAGGAAGGCUAUUGAUGGCUCCUAGCCAGGAUGGCCCUUCUCCAGCUCCACAGCGGGAGACAACAAGGCUUCUGAAUGCUAGUUGCUGGAAACACCAGGAGGGGAGAGGGCUGUUUGGCCACUGUGAGAACAGGAAUCCGGGCUACGUGGACCAUCAUGGACCUGAUCCUGCAGGCAUGCUAUGUUCCUUAUGACGGGGUGCAAAGCGCUCCCUGUUCUUGCUUGAGUACUUGGCAUGAGUCGUUCCUGACUGUGGCUCCACCGUAGGGAUCAGGCAUUGCAGGGACUCUCACCAGCCCCAGCCAGCAGAGUGCAUGGUCAUUUGGGGGGGGGGAGCUGCAGGUUCUGCAUCCCGUCUCCUAAGCGUGUGAUGGGACUUGACCAACAGGGGACCUGGGUAUCCGGAAUGGCACUCCCAGAAGUGUUGGUUCUCCAGGGUGAGAGGCAGGGAGGGAAAAGGAGAGGUCCCAGAUGGGAGGGGGCUGCUACCCUCUGUAGGUGGGGGUGGGGGGGUUAAUAACUGCCUCUACGAGAAGUCUCCAUAUUAUACGUAUUCUGUUUGUAGCUUUCGUAGCUGUUCUUGUAGUGUGAAAAAACUUUGGUAAUUUUUAAAAAUUUGAACAGUCAAAAAAGAGGGGGCGUUGCACUCCCAACUUUGUUUCUUUUUUUAAAAAAAUUAUUGAUACAGCAAGAAAAAAGAAAAAAACACAAAUACCAAAUUACACACAGGAAUAACCAUAGACACAUAAUUUUCUUAGCAAACAAUAAAACAUAUAUUGGUCUUAACACUAAAGACCCAACCUCCUGUCUAGUCCAUAUUUCGAUUUCAUAUUACUUAUUGCCAAUACACACUUUUAUCAUAAUUAAACUUUUUCUUAAUAUAUCUAAUUUCUUAUAUCUACCUUGCAACUAUUACUGAAGUUCCUCGAAUGCUGCAACAGAAUUUAAACUACUAUAUUUAUUUUUCAGAUAUUCUUUGAAAACCUCCCAUUUUGAAACAAAUUCCUGUUUUGAUUUAUUCUUUAUUUUUUCUGAUAGACCAUCUAAUUCGGCAUAUUCUGUCAGCUUUUGGAUCCAAUCUUGUAUAGAGGGGAUUUCAUUACUUUGUUUCUUGACUCCCAUCUCCCCAUCCUCCCUCCCUGCAGUGUCCCCAAGAGCGAGAGGACCACAGUGCACAAGAACCUGAUAUUCGCGCUGGCAGCUGCGGAGGCCUUGCUCAUGUUCAGCGAAUUGGCCAAAACCAACCAGGUAGGAAGGGCAGGCAGCUGGGAGAGACCUCGUGGGGGUCUGCCAGCGGGACAGAGACCUGUUCCUGCCAAGGGAUCCCUGGCCCCUCGCCCUCGCCUCCCACGGUCUCCUGCCCUUCCUUCCCUUCCUCUCCCCAGGGAGUGUGCUUUGCCGUCACGGCCUUCCUGCACCUCUUCUUCAUGGCUGCCUUCGCCUGGAUGCUGGUGGAAGGUCUUCUCCUGUGGAGCAAAGUGGUGGCUGUGAACAUGAGCGAGGACCGGCGGAUGCGGUUCUACUACGUGACUGGAUGGGGUCUGUGUCCCAGUGGUGAUGAGGCAGGGAGGGAAAGAGGGGGCAGGCAGCCAAGUCGACUUCUGAUUCUCCGCCUCCUCCGUCUUUUGAAAGCCAUACUCCUACGGAUGGCUCAAUCCAGUUUAGACAAACCCUGUUCCCAUCUUAACCACUGUACGGUGAGGUGGAUCUGUGACCGUGGCCGUUGGGUGAUUAGUUGCCAGGAGCUACCCAAAUGGCUCAGGCGACUGCCUCAGGCAGCAGGGGCAGUUCCUCAGGUAUUCGCCCAGAGCUCCUCAGGUGUCCCCUCUGCCUCUCCUGCUCCGCCUAAGCCAGUCUGCUUCUCUUUUCUCAUGGAAUCUGAGUUGUAAGGGACCCUGCAAUGCAGGUAUCUCAGCUCAAGCGUCCCUGACAGGCGGCCACCCAACCUCUGUGUGGAAACCUCUAACCAAGGAGAGCCCAUCACUUCCCAAGGGAGUCCGUUCCACUGCCUAGCAGCUCUUACUGCCAGAAGGCUCUUCCUUUGAACAUAAGGAAUCUUCUUUUUGCCAUUGGAAUCGAUUGUUUCAGGUCUUAUCUUCCAAAGCAGAGAAAAAGCAACGUUCCCUGCAUCUUCCUUGUGUCAGCCCUUCAAAUAAGAUGGCUUUCACAUAAUUUCCAUAGGUGAAAUGAGAUCCAACUGCUUCUUUAUUUGGAUCAGGUUCUGGGGUGAUGGGGGGGGGGGGAAACUCGUCCAUUUUUGCCCCUAUGUGUUUUGGGCCAGUCCUAGGUGACUGUUCAUAGCUCAAAGAGGGAAGGACAAAGGUGAAACACUAAAGACCUUUAAGACCUGUCCAUUGGGUCCUCAGGUUGACCUGAAAGAAGUUUUACUUGAACCGGAAGCAGCUGGGACGGCCCUCCAAACUUUGGGGGUCUUGUGGGGGUAUUCUGAAAAAUGCUGUUGAUGCCAUAACAAUGCAUUAGAAAUUGUUUUACACACAUUGCCACACUUUAUUAGUAGUUUUGCAAUGCUUUCCAGUGUGACCACAUUACAGUGGUACCUCGGUUUAAGAACAGUCCGAUUUAAGAAUGAUUCGGUUUACGAACUCCGCAAAACCGGAAUGGUGUCCUGGUUUGAGAACUUUACCUCAGUCUAAGAACGGAAUCCGAAUGGUGGAAGGGCACCGGCAGUGGGAGGCCUCAUUAGGGAAAGCACCAGGGCCGUCUUACCCAUGGGCACUAGGGGUGUGGGGCACCCGGGCACCAGGCCGAGAGUCCAGGGCCCGAGAGUCGAGUCCAGGGAAGAGCCCGCCCAUCAGUCAGAGCACCGUGGUGCGCUCUUCUGCUGCAGACGGCUCUGUGCUGCGAGUUUGGGGGCAACCAAGCCAGCGAGACUCUGAGUCAGCCGGCCGGCUCCCCCCCCCCCCGCGCGCGCGCCUGGAACUGGGCAAUCGGGGGGGGGGGGCGCCAGGUGGAUCUUUGCACCCCGGUGCCACAUAUGCUUAAGACAGCCCUGGAAAGCACGCCUUGGUUUAAGAACAGUUUUGGUUUAAGAACGGAGUUCCGGAACAAAUUAAGUUCGUGAACCGAGGUACCACUGUAUGGCCAUCCCGAGGGGCAUUCUUGCCCGAUCGCGUUGCAGAAGAGGGCUCAACCAGUUGCCCUCCAACUCUAAUCAUAGUAUGAAAAGGAUUUCAGCAGGGGGAUAAGGGAGCCCGUGCUGAUUCAGAAAUGAGGCAGUAUAACCAUGGAGCAGAGCUAUAGUCCAAAAGCUUUUGCAUCCCCUCAAGCAUUUUCUCUGAUGAAAACAGGGACAUCGUCUUCUACAUCAGGAAGUUUCUCGCACUGCAUGUAUAGACAUCACGCGCACGCCAGCAUGGGUCACCUGGAGCCAGUUACAACCUCUCCGCUGAACCUACCUCGCAGAAUUGUUGUAAGGAAAAUGUGCGAGGGCAGGGAUCAUUCGCAACACUUUCCACAGAUUGAUAGAAUGAAAUAAAUUUUAGCCUAUAAGCUCCCUUGAGGGGGAAAGAUGAUGAUGAUAAUGAUAACGAUAACGAUAAUGGAAACUGGGAGAAUUAUCCAGAACAUACCAGCAAAUAAAUCCUGUUGAACUCAGUGGGACUUAGUUCUGAGUAAAAAUGCUUAGGAUUGCAGUCUAAGUCUUUACCCAGUUACCUGGGAAUAAGUUCCAUUGAAUACAGUGGGACUUCUUUCUGAGUAGGUCAUCUACAAUAAAGGAAUCAACACUCCACACAUUUCCUAAUAAAUGGCUGGCUGCUGAAGCAUUGCAAUUAAAUAAUUCAAAGUGGAUUUAUUAUAUUUUCCGUCAAGAUUAUAGGAAGUGCUUCGUAUGCCGGCCUCACCAUUUCCUUCAUUCGGUGCAGGUAUUUUAUUUUCAGUAUAAUUAGCACCCACCUGCCCUCCCACACCACUUUGAAUUGUUCUCUGAGACGUGAAGGGGAGGAAAAAGGAAAGGUGGGACAUUCCAAAAUCAAUUCAGAAACUAGGACAGCUUCUAUAAUUCCAGGACAGUCCCUGGUAAACUGGGACACAUGUGUAACUGCCCUGCCGAGAUACCACCAUGAGCACAAAUUGUCAUGAAUGCACAACAGAAAGGAUGCGUGGAGGGGGCCCCUGUGUCCUGCUGAGAAGCAAAGAAAAAUGGGCUCUUAGGAGGUCUCCUGAGACUGGCCAACUGGAUAAGGCCCCCAGGUCCCACCCCAAGCCUUGGGCCCAACAGCUUAAGAACCCCUCAGUUGCCCCAGGGCAGGUGGUAUGCAGAAGGAAAGUUGGAGUUCACCGUCCUUCCCUGCUUGCCUCUUCAGGGCUUCCUGUGGUUAUUGUUGGUGUGACCCUGGCCACGUCGUUCAACAAGUACGUGGCAGAGAACCAUUGCUGGCUGAACGUGCAGACGGAUAUCAUCUGGGCUUUUGUGGGGCCGGUUCUCUUCGUCCUGACGGUAAGUGUGUUCUGACGGUAAGCCCUCCUCCUUUCAUUGGCGGGGUUUGCAAUGCAAAAGGUUCUUGCUACCAUGUGUGGCAGUGUUAACGGAGAAAUCUGAGGGCUCCCUUGGACAAAAAACAAGGAUACCAGCCAGGAAUCCCAGAGCGAAACAGCAGCCAGUAGGCUUGGUCUUGAUUGAAGUCUGUCGCGACAGGACUCCCACCUGCCACCAGGUGGAACAAGAUGGAAGCCCCCAACAAAAGAGAACCCAAAACUUUUAUUAGUUGCUAAUCCCCAUGUUACUUCCCCCCCAAACUACAUCACGAUUACAUCAUGAAAGGGGAGGUCUGGUGCCAGGAAUCUGAGCAUCCUGGACCCUGCCCCAUGGUUCCCCUUUCAUGAUGUAACCGUGAUGUAUGAGUGAUGUAGUUUGGGGGGGGUGUAACAUGGGGAUUAGCAGCUAAUAAAAGUUUGGGUUCUCUUUUGUUUGGGGCUUCCAUCUUGUUCCACCUUGUGGCAGGUGGGAGUCCUGUCGCGAAAGUCUUCAAUAAAGACCAAGCCUACUGGCUGCUGUUUUGCUCUGGUCUUCCUGGCUGGUGUCCUUGUUUUUUGUCCAAGGGAGCCCUCAGAUUUCUCUGUUAAGAGCAGGACUGGGUGUGUGUGAGCAAAUGUUGGGAUUCGGUGGUUUUCAGACUCGGUGCCUUCACAAGACAAAGAAGAACUCUGUAGACCACAGGGUGCGUUUACUUUCCAUGUGUGUGGGAGAUAACUCUGAUUUACACAGCAAUAUCCUGGGGGGGGGGCAGUGUUCCCGUGUUCCCUGAGAGGAGGAUUCUGGGAAAUCUGUGAGGAGAACCUGAGCUUACAGGGUUAAACAGCUCAGACUGUACGCCCUGCCUACUGUUGUUGUCCCUUUGCAUUCUCUGCUCUCUAUCUUCCAGCAGAGCAAAAUCUUCCCCCUCCACAACUGCCACCUCUUAAAGCCUCUGGCUGCUGUUUCAGGUCCAGUCCCUGACCCUCUCGCCCCUCUCCUUUGCAGGUGAACACCUUUGUGCUUUUCCGAGUGGUGAUGGUGACAGUCUCCAGUGCACGCCGGCGGUCAAGGAUGCUGACCCCCAACAGCAGCUUGGAAAAGCAGAUUGGCAUCCAGAUCUGGUGAGUCCCGGAGGCCCCUGGGGGCUGCCCCCGCCCCCUCCAGAGAAGGGCACCAGAGAAGGAAAAGGACACCUAUCUGAAUGCCAUUUGCUAGGGGGGAGAAGUGUGAGAGCCAGUGGUGCUUGGAGGGUCAGACUAGGACCAGGGAGGCCAGGGUUCAAAUCCAUGCCUGGCCAAGAAGCUCACUGGGUGUCCUUGGAAGCCAGUCGCUGCCUCUCAGCCCAGCCUACCUCACAGGGUUGUGAGGAGGGGAGAACCAUGUACACAACCUUGAGCAACUUUGAGGAAAAGGUGGGAUAUAAAUACUUUAAACAAUAAAACAGAAUCAGAGGCCACAUUCCCGUCAUCGAUUUAAAGUGUUGCAAUAUUUGUACACUGCCCUUCACCUGAAGGCCACAGGGCGGUUCACAACAUCAAGUGCAUCUCCCAGGAUUCUCUGGGGGAAGCCACAAUGGUUUAAAUUGGUAUCCUAGUGCUUUAGUGUGAACAUGGCCAUAGAAGUCAAUUGUAGAGUUGUAGAGUUGGAGGGACGCGGGUGGCGCUGUGGGUUAAACCACAGAGCCUAGGACUUGCCGAUCAGAAGGUCAGCGGUUUGAAUCCCCACGACAGAGUGAACUCCCGUUGCUCGGUCCCUGCUCCUGCCCACCUAGCAGUUCGAAAGCAAUUCCAAGUGCAAGUAGAUAAAUAGGUACUGGUCUGGCGGGAAGGUAAAUGGCGUUUCCGUGCGCUACUCUGGUUCGCCAGAAGCGGAUUAGUCCUGCUGGCCACAUGACCCAGAAGCUGUACGCCGGCUCCCUCGGCCAAUAAAGGGAGAUGAGCGCUGCAACCCCAGAGUCGGUCACAACUGGACCUAGUGGUCAGGGGUCGCUUUACUUUUACCUUUAGAGUUGGAAGGGAUCCUGAGGAUCAUCCAUUCCAACCCCCUGCAAGGCAGGAAUGUGAAAUAGCAGCUGGUGCCCAUUGGGAUUAGUAGAGAGGAGGACAAGGAGAUGAAGGCAGAGUGAAUGACAGGCAGGGUCACCCCCUGGCGAGUUAUAAGUAAGAAGACAGGCUGAGGUUGCUGGGGCCCCAUUUGCCCCAAUAGACCAGCUUGCACAGCUUGAAGCCAUUGGUUUGAGUCCUACCCUCCAGAGUAGGAGAAAACACGCUUGCUCCCUCUUCCACCUGACAGCCCUUGAGAUAUUUGAAGAUGGCCAUCAUGUCUCCUCUCAGCCUCCUCUUUUCCAGGCUACACAGACCCAGCUCCUUCAAGGGUUCCUUAUAAGCCUUGGUUUCCAGACCCUUGAUCAUCUUGGUUGCCCUCCUCUGCACACCUUCCAACUUGUCAACGUCCUUCUUAAAUUGUGGUGCCCAGAAUUGGACACAGUAUUCCAGAUGUGGUCUGACCAAAGCAGAAUAGAGUGGGACUAUGACUUCCCUUGAUCUGGACACUCGACUUCUGUUGAUGCAUUUGCCUUUUUUUGCUGCUGCAUCACCCGGUGGACUCAUGUUGAGCUUGUGGUCCACCAAAAUCCCUAGAUCCUUUUCCCAUGUUCUGCUAGUCAGCCAGGUGUCCCUCAUCUUAUAUUUGUGCAUCUGCCUAAGUGCGGAACCUAAAACAAACCCCUGUGUUGCAAUAAGAACCAAGCACAACAAUACAAACACAAUACCUAGGCUAAUGGUUAGUAGAAAAUAUAUAAUAGAACAAUGAUAUCAUUCAGAUUAUAGGAGUCAGCCAAUCAAAGCUCAUAUGUACAAUAUAACAGAGUGGUAACGAGGACCGUCAAGCCGUGUGUUCAAGACAGAUGUCUAAGGACAGUCUCACAAUAGUCUUUCAAAAGUUUCAACAGAAGACCUCUCAAAGGUUUCAAAAGUUCAUUUUGUACUCAUUUAACAAAAGCUCACUUAAUAGUAUUCCUCUGUAUAUUUGUUUUUCAUGGGUCUACUUUGUUUCUGCAUGCUAUAUAUGCCAUACUGUUCCUUUAAGUAUAUCGUUAUUGGGAACACCUGUGACUUGCUCCAUAUGUCCUGUGCAAUUGUGUAUCAAGUAUCAGCAGCUACACUAUCUAGUGAGCACCGAACCUUAGCAUGACUCUUUCUUACAUAUUCUGUUGAAGAAUAUUGGGUAUGUACCUUUAUUUAUUCUGUUUUGUAUAUUCUGCUUUAUUUUACAACGUGUAUGCAGGUAGGUUAGUUCAUUCAUUCAUCGGUUGUAUGUAUUGUAUCUUAUUUCCAACUGAUGAAGACUAUUACGAAACAGUAGUAUCAUUCCGGAGACUCUGUCCUUUUGAGGCUUUUGAGAUGUCUUCCGUUGAAACUUUUGAAAGACUAUUGUGAAACUGUCCGUAGACGGCAAUGCGCUCGACAUGGGGCUACCUUUGAAGGUGACCUGGAAACUACAACUAAUCCAGAAUGUGGCAGCUAGACUGGUGACUGGGAGCGGCCGCCAAGACCAUAUAACACCGGUCUUGAAAGACCUACAUUGGCUCCCAGUACGUGUCCAGGCACAAUUCAAAGUGUUGGUGCUGACCUUGAAAGCCCUAAACAGCCUUGGUCCAGGAUACCUGAAGGAGCAUCUCCACCCCCAUCAUUUUGCCCGGACACUGAGGUCCAGCGCCAAGGGCCUUCUGGCGGUUCCCUCACUGUGAGAAGCCAAGUUACAGGGAACCAGGCAGAGGGCCUUCUUGGUAGUGGCACCUGCCCUAUGGAACACCCUCCCACCAGAUGUCAAAGAGAAAAACAACUACCAAAUUUUUAGAAGACAUCUGAAGGCAGCCAUGUUUAGGGAAGCUUUUAAUGUUUAAUAGGUUAUUGUAUUUUAGUGUUUUGUUGGAAGCCGCCCAGAGUGGCUGGGGAAGCCCAGCCAGAUGGGCGGGGCAUAAAUAGUAAAUUGUUGUUGUUGUUGUUGUUGUUGUUAGACAUCUGUUCUGAACACACGGCUUGACGGUCCUCGUUACCACUCUGUUAUAUUGUACAUAUGAACUUUGGCUGACUCCUAUAAUUUGAAUGAUAUUCUAUUGUAUAUUUUCUACUAACUAUUAGCCUACGUGUUGUGCUUGUAUUGUUGCAACUGCAGAACCUGACAUUUGUCCCUACUGACAUUCAUUCUGUUAGCUUGGGCCCAGUUCUCCAACCUGUUACGGUCAUUUUGAAUUCUGUCUUCUGUGGCAUUAGUUACCUAUCCAAAUUUGGUGUCAUCUGCAAACUCUAUCAAAAAAGAAACGAGAGUCAUCUGACAUGACUUGUUUUUGAGACCUGUGUUGAGACUUAGUAAUCACAGUAAUCAUCACCGGCAAAGACUUGCUCCCCUGGCGCUGACUUUGGCUACAGGUGAGUUGACUCCCUGCUUUCCCUCUUGCCUCCCACCCCAACCCCACAACCCCCUUUGUCCUCUUCCAGGGCAACGGCCAAGCCAGUGCUGGUGCUUCUGCCAGUCCUGGGACUGACCUGGGUGUGUGGUGUUCUUGUGCACGUCAGUAUCACGUGGGCCUACAUCUUCAUUGUGCUGAACUCCCUCCAGGUAAGCUGCCUUGGAAGGCAGGCCUUCCCUGCAAAAUAUCUCUCUGACACGUGUGUAUGUGCGUGAACACACACAGACACGGGGAUCCGUUGCCCAUGCUGGAGGCUGCACCUUGUGACGGCAAAGAUGCCUUUGAGCACAUGCAGAGUGCCUUCCCCCUCACCAUCAGGGAGGAAGACCUUCAAAAGGCCAGCUUGAGCUUCAAUCGUUCUCUCUUUGAACAUUCUGCCCAGAGCUGGCCUUGCAAUAUCCAGCACUGUGCAGCAGGGGAGGCCCUGACCAUACCAGCUUCCUGGUGUUUUGCCACGGCUGAAAUCUCUCCCUCUUGCUCAGCGGCUGCUUCUCCUCCAUCCAGCAAAAGCUUAUUUCAGCAAUGGUUCAAUUCACACAGGUAACUCACAACUUUGGCUAAUUAAAACUUGUGUGAUUUCAACUUUAUGUGCUAGCCAACUGGCCAGUUGCAAAUCACGCAAAUUAAGCGCAUGGAAGUCUGAGAGUUUAAAAGCUCUUUCUGUGGCGUGGGGAAACCUUUUAAGCUCUGUGCCUUGCUUAGCGGGCAAUUCCAUGUGAGGAAUUCCCAGAGCCCAGUAAGCAAGGAGGAGAGCUUCCAACCUCUGCCUUGCUUUGGGGGCAAGGACCGCUUGGCUCACAGCUUCAGAGAGGUAAGGUCACUCAUGCGGGGGGAGGUUGCAAGGGUGGUUCUGACUAGACCUCACUCUGGCUUUACGCUCAGUCCCCAGAACAUAACCCUCAAGCAAGCAGUGAGUGACCUGUAUUGAUUUGAUUUGAAUUAAUUUUAUAAUGAAAUGAUUUUAGAAUGUAUUAUUUUAUUGUUGUUAGCCGCUCUGAGCCCAGCUUCGGCUGGGGAGGGCGGGAUAUAAAUAAAAAAUUAUUAAUUUAUUAUUUAUUAUUGAGAAAACAAUGUUUCCUUCCCUCCAAAGUCUCUCUCUCCCUCCCCUCCCUCCUCCCUCCCACCCUUCUAUAGGGGCUCCCUAGCACACCUGCCCAUUUGAAGGGACCCCUUUCUAGUCAAAAUACGACUAGAUACGUGAAUCAGAGUAGAAUUACAGAAUCACAGAACUGUAGAGUUGGAAGGGACCCUGCCAUUUCCAUCACAAGCCCAACCUUAUUCAACGUGGAAAUCACAACUGCAGUGUCCCUGAUGGAUGGGUGCCCAAGAAAACAUCCAAGGGAGGAGAGUCCUUCUGAGGGAGUCUGGUUCUUGUUGUUGUUGUUGUUUAGUCGUUUAGUUGUGUCUGACUCUUCGUGACCCCUGGACCAGAGCACGCCAGGCACUCCUGUCUUCCACUGCCUCCCGCAGUUUGGUCAAACUCAAGCUGGUAGCUUCAAGAAUACUGUCCCACCAUCUCGUCCUCUGCCGCCCCCUUCUCCUUGUGCCCUCCAUCUUUCCCAACACCAGGGUCUUUUCCUUCUCUUCUGUCUGGUUCUACUGUCUCAUAACUGCCAGAAAGUUUAGUUGGAAUUCCCAUUCUCGUCAUUUGGAUCCAUUGGUUAAGGGCCUACCCUCCAGAGGAGCAGGAAAAGUAAUUUGGGAAUCUCCUGUGAAAGGCUAGGAAGGAGGUGUCCAUCACACAAAUUGAGCUUUAUUCAGAGAAGUAAUUGCUUGCAUGAAACAAGACAAGCGGACAUUCAAAGGACCAUACCUUCCUCCCCCAAUCUGCUCUGCUCCGAGUGCCGGUGCCAAUAAGAGGGACGGGAGUGUUUCUUCUGAGGAUGAGCAGCCGCCCUGCAUCAUCAACGAAGGUUAUAUCGGUGCCAGAGUGUGCAGCGCUCCUGCCCCAGCCUGUGGAGGAGUGGGCUUGUUGCACAGAUGCCGGCCACAAUUAGUGCAUCAGCUGCAACGCUUCCUGAUAGCUGAAGGAACACAGGAAGUGAUUCUCUCCUGAUAAGACACCAAAGGAGGCAAAGCAUCAGAGGAGCACGGCAGGAGGGUGUAGUAAUUAUGAGAGGAGACUGUUCUCCCCACCCAGUGCCAAGCUCAGGGACUCGAGAGCAGGAUGUUGUUUACGUUGGGGGGGCAGCGGGGGGGGGGGAGGGAUGCACUAGGAAAACUCUUGGCCGGCAGUUGUGUUUCUGAAGGUUCAUCAUCCGAGACUUCUGAGGCGGCUUCCUCUCUCAGAAAGAAACAGACAAAAGGAUGGGUCAUUUCUCACAACGCACAGUUAAUUCAUUCGUAUUGUAUUUGUUUGAACCGCUCCUUGUUGUGAGUAGUGCCAGCUCUGGAGCGGAAAACGCCAGAUGUCCAGAGAGGAGGAAGAGGAAGAGGAAGGCUAGGCUUGUGCAUGCAGUGCCACUUUUAUUUUGAAAAAUGCCCAAAGGCCCUUCAUCAUGACCAGGCAAAAUGUCACAAAAUAGUGAGGCGAGCUUCUGAGUCCACCAGAGCUCUUCUUCUUCAGGAUGUGGGCGGGGGGGGGGGGACUGAGGGAAACAAAAAUCUGGCUAGGGAUUGAGGCCGUGUUGGUCCAAAGUUAAUUUUUGCUGUAUGCUGCCUUAGAAGGGGGCUGGUGUGGGGGCUCUCUCUCUCUCUCUCUCUCACACACACACACACGCCUGUGUUCUAACUUCAAAGUCUUGUCUCAGUUUGUCUCAGUUACCAGGAAUAAAAAAUGGACGGGACCCUUUCUCUCACUUUGUCUACCCCACACUUUCUCUUUUCUUUGUCCUCCUUUCCCCCUGGAUGAAUUAAGCCAACGGUCGCAUGAAAUCAGGCCAAGGGCUGGCAAUUGCCCGUCUCUUUGUGAAAGGGACAGUUCUGCCCCUUGGUUGGGAGAGAGACAUCGUUUGGCCUUCCCUAUAUGUCUGUUUGGGGGGCUAACAAAGCAAAGAUUCUGACCCAGCGGCUGUUUCCAGGUCCCUGGCAUGGAUUCUUCCCUCUGUCUUCCUACAGGGUCUCUACAUAUUCCUGGUCUAUGCCAUCUACAACAGCGAGGUAAGGGACAGCCACACUACGCAAACGGGGCAGAUUUGGCACCCUGUUCUCUCUGCAACAACUCUUCAGACUUUGAAAAUGAGCUUGGGAGGAUGUGAUCAAUGGCUUGUGAAACCAGCUAGGAUUUCAGGGACCCUCAUGGUGAUGGCCUUGGGGGUCCCUGAAAUCUGCUGGAUCCUCCCAUGUGUGUUUGUGUGUGUGGUGGCAUUCUGACUACUUGCCAUUCUGCUGGCAAGAUCUCCUAGGGCAGGCAUGGCCAAACUUGGCCCACCAGCUGUUUUGGGACUGCAAUUCCCAUCAUCCCUGACCCCUGGUCCUGUUAGCUAGGGAUGAUGGGAGUUGUAGUCCCAAAACAGCUGGAGGGCCGAGUUUGGCCAUGCCUGCCCUAGUGCCAUCCAAGUUCCCACUAGAUCUCAUGCGAGCGGUUGCUAGUCUUCCACAUAUACGUGGAACCCUGGGAGCCAAACCCCCGUGUAAGACGCAGCCACACCGCAGAGCAGAAGUGAGGAAACCUCCAGCCUGUAGGACAAUCUCAGUCCUGCACAGCCAGGUGCAAAGUCUGUUGCAUGUUGGACAACUUUGCUCCCCAACUGACUCCUCUGUGGACAGAUGGCACCCGACGGAGGUGGGCAGUUGCUGCUGUUUUCCCUGCCUUUUCCUCUUCAGCUGAGGAAAUAGCUAUAUACGACUAGCAGGUGCAUUUUGAAAACAAUUAAAUGCCAGGAUUUCCCCACCACCACCAUGGAGCCCCUGCCCCACAGGAAUCAACCUGGAUCCUGCAAUUGUCAUCUGAGGCUCUUCUUUGUCUGCACGCCCCCCCCCCCCGUGGCAACACAAGAACUGGCCUUUUCUGUGGUGACCCCCUUCUUGAGGAAUGCUCUCCCCAGCGACCGUCAUUGCACCUCUUUAGGCACCAGGCAAAAACCAGGCCUUUGGCUUUUAACUAUCUCUACAGCCAUUUAGAAAGGGACGCGGGUGGUGCUGUGGGUUAAACCACAGAGCCUAGGACUUGCCGAUCAGAAGGUCGGCGGUUCGAAUCCCUGUGACAGGGUGAGCUCCCGUUGCUCGGUCCCUGCUCCUGCCAACCUAGCAGUUCGAAGGCACACCAGUUCAAGUAGAUAAAUAGGUACCGCUCCAGCGGGAAGGUAAAUGGUGUUUCCGUGCGCUGCUCUGGUUCACCAGAAGCGGCUUAGUCCUGCUGGCCACAUGACCUGGAAGCUGUACACCGGCUCCCUCAGCCAAUAAAGCAAGAUGAGCGUGCAACCCCAGAGUCAGCCACGACUGGACCUAAUGGUCAGGGGUUCCUUUACCUUUUACCUUUACCUUUACCUUUACUCUACACAGUACUGUGGAGGAUGCACCACAGAUUUGUGUAACAGCAUUAGGAUAUUUGCAGUUUUAUUUUCAAUUCCUUUCCUAUGGUCAGGGAUCCCUUUACCUUACAGCCAUUUAGAGUGGGUGGGACCUUUGAACACCCCCACCCCCACUGCCCCAGAUUUAAUGUAUGUGUUUUGUUUCUGUAAGUCACGCUGAGUUGCUAUGGCAAAAAGUGGUAAUAAAUUUAGUUAAAUAAUCAUCAUCAUAAAGGCAGGAAGAAUUUCCCUUGGCACUGCAAUGCCGGUAACUGCUUAGCCCACAACAAAUACAGAUAAAUGCACAGGGGGUGUGGUUGUGGUGGUGGUUGUUGUUGUUGUUGUUGUUGUUUAAAAAGUGCCGUUAGUGCCUGAGGCAUCUUGUUGUGUGUUCAUUCUGUGGGCUGGAAGGGGCCAGUUUCAUACCAGUGCUUAAUUUGCAGGUGCGAAAUGCCAUCCAGCGGAUGAAGGAGAAGAAAAAGGCUCUCUCUUUCACAGUAGGUUUGUGGUCUGGAGCUGGGGGUCUCCCCCUGCCUGACCCCUCUCCCCUCCAACUCCCCCUAAAAACCACUGCAUGUGAGUCAGCCAGUGCUAGAGACCUUGUGGGCUUCCAGAACAGUGAUUCUAGUUCUGCCCUCUGGAACAAAAUAGAGAACAAAUCUGCUCUUUCUUAUUCAGGACACCCCUUAUGCCGGCCACUGCCCUGCAGCCAUUAAAGUUAGCACAAAAUAAGACCCUAAAGGAGAAUAUUUUAAUUUUUUGAAGGAAAUUUCUUUUCCCCCCCCCUUUUUUUUUGAAAGAGAGGGAAAAAUUAAAAACAAAAUAUUUAUUAAAUUACCCUUUUAUUGCUGCAUUCCUGUUGGUUGCUGAAAGGUGGAAAAUGUUUGUGCAAAAUAUAUAGAAUUUGAUUGCAACGAAUGAAAAACAUCCCUGGUACACCCCCUUUUUUAAAAUUAAAAGAAAAGGAAAAACAAUUGUGACCUCUUUUGUCUCAAUGUGGCAGGAUUCUGUUAAAUGCAUAAAAAGGUGAAAAAAUUGCAUUUGUGUCCUCCACUAGCCUCUUGAGAAAUCUUGGAAAGGUAACAUCUAACUGGUUGAAAAGAUUUUCCUGAUGUAAUAUAGUGCCUUUUAUUCUCAGUGUUCCUUGCGCCUUUGAUGGUUUGAGCUAUAGAUUUAUGUUUCCAGAUGCGUUUUAAGCCCCCCUGGCUCUCUCAUAUCUUACAACGGCGUUCCUUCUGCGUCUCCUCGCAAGUAUCCACACAACCAGCUUUGCCGUUUCUUCUUGUGAACCUAACAUCCCGUGCCAGCCUUGGUUCAGUUCAGCUUAGCUUUUAUGUGUUUGUCUCUUUAAGUUCUGUUUUCUUAUGUGGGUUAUAUGGGGGGAAAUACCGUAUUUUUCGCUCCAUAAGACCACAAGAUGCACCUAGUUUUUGGAGGAGGAAAACAAGAAAAAAAAUAUUCUGAAUCUCUCUUUUUUAAAAAAAUAAUAUUUAUUAAAGUUUCAAUGGGAAAAAAAUCACAUUAAUAAAAAAAUUAACAAUAAAAAGGAAAAAUACAAAGUAGGAAAAAAAGAAAAAACAGUUAAAAACAAUUCCAUCUUUUCCUCACUUCUUUUACGUUUACUUGUUUCCCGGACCUCCUCAUACCUCCCUCUUUUGUAUUCCGAUUAAAUUUGUUAAUCCAACAAUUCCUUUCUCUCCUUUUUAAUCCUAAUCCUUAGUCCUGAUAUAUUGUAACGUUAGAUUUUUACAUAUUAAAAACCAAUUUUUCCAUAUUCUUUUGUACCUAUACAGCUAGAAACCACUUAACUUCAAUCCAACAUCAUUCUAACAUUCAUUAAUUUUACAAUAUUUCUGUAAACAGUCUUUAAAUUUCUUCCAAUCUUCUUCCACCGACUCUUCUCCCUGGUCUCGGAUUCUGCCAGUCAUUUCUGCCAAUCCCAUGUAGUCCAUCAUUUUCAUCUGCCAUUCCUCCAGUGUGGGUAGAUCUUGUGUCUUCCAAUGCUUUGCAAUGAGUAUUCUUGCUGCUGUUGUAGCAUACAUAAAGAAAGUUCUGUCCUUCUUUAACACCGAUUGGCCGACUAUGCCCAGGAGAAAGGCAAAAAAAUAUAUUCUGCAUCUCAGAAGCCAGAACAGCAAGAGGGAUCGCUGCGCAGUGAAAGCAGCAAUCCCUCUUGCUGUUCUGGCUUCUGGGAUAGCUGCGCAGCCUGCAUUCGCUCCAUAAAACGCACACACAUUUCCCCAUACUUUUUAGGAGGGAAAAAGUGAGUCUUAUAGAGCAAAAAAUACGGUAUAUAAAGUUGGUUGGGUGAUGGCUGUUUCUGGCUGACUGUUUCUUCUCCAGACAUAAAGAGCACCAGAAGAGGCUGCUCUGGGUCAGGACAAAGGAGGCCCAUCUAUUCCAGAGUCCUGUUAUCACAGUUCCCAGCCAGGUGCCUCCAAGGAAAACCCACAAGUGGGAGUCGAGCGCAAGAGCAACUCUCCCCAGGGACAGCCUUUGGCAAUCUUUUGAAAUAUGGCGCCCUGUGCAAGGCCAACAUUUGGUGCCCCAAAGCAGAUCUUCUCAGUUAUGGAUCUUCUUGAUUUUGUGUCCCCUGCACCACCCUAAUGAAUAUAAAAAACUUCUGCAAGCAACUGCACUGUAUAUUGUUCCAAGCUGUUAUCUCAAAUCAUUGCAAAAUCAGUCAGCGCAUAACUCCUGCUUGCCUCAGUGAAAGGGAGGAAUAUAUUUUUUCAUGCUGUGUCAUAUUAGCGAAAGCCAUCUUGCCUCCUCUUCCAUCUUCAUCAGAUCUUUCAAGUCUUAAGUAAAGCUGUGCAAUUAAAUGCCUAAUUAUAAAUAGAAGUUGGCCUGUACUCUUUUUAAAAAAAACCAAUUUAAGUUCUUAGUGAGGCUUGGCAUAGAAAACGAUACAGAGAAGAUUAGCAUGGCCCCUGUGCAAGCGGAUCUUCUUGAUUUUGUGUCCCCUGUACCACCCUAAAUCCAGCACUGCUUUCCGCCCCCCCUCCGUGGCAUUCGGGUGCCUUGCUGCCUCCAACUGCGGAGGGCGGAGCGUGGCCUUGGGGGGCUGGGAGCCGCCUGUCUGGGGGUGCGGAUGCUGUACAACUGCUUUGUGUCAUUUCAGAACUGUUCGCACCCCAUCAACUAUCUGUCAAGCCCUAGGAACACGUCCUGGGAGGUGGGCAAGUUCAGCCCCUCCACCCCAGAGAAUACGGCCUCCCCCUCCUCGGAGAAGGACUCUGCAACGAAGAACAGCAGCGGCAAGGGUACAAAGGUGGCGCUUGUUCCACCUGCAAUGAAAUUAGCAUCUUUGACUAUUUUUGUUUUGUUUUGUUUUUGCAUCCCGGCUGAUCCUCCUUUCUCCCUCGCACAGGGAACUUCAGCGCCAAAAUCCCAGCGGGACUUGCAUCAAUUAUGUCUCCAGAGCGGCCGGUAUGUAGCUCAUCCCCACCUACCCAGAUUAUUUGAUUUAUUUAUUUAUUUACUUGCUUAUUGCGCUUAUAUGCCGCCUUCUCUUCUGAGCAGCUCCAAGGUGGUCACAUGGUUCUCCUUGACUCCUGAAGUUAUUCUCACAGCAACAGCCCUGCAAUGUAGGCUAGGCUGGAAGGCAGCGACUGCCCCUCACAAGGUCUCGCCCAGUGAGCUUCUUGAUGGCCAGGAGAGAGGCUGGAAUCCUGGCCUCCCAGUCCAUAGUCCAGCACUAACCAUUGUGUUGCACUGGAAGCUGCUUUGUUCCAGGCCGCACCCUUGGUCCUCCUCCUCUGAUAGGAGGCCUUGACGCAGAUGUACCUGGAGGUGCGGGGGGGGGGAUGUUGAACCUGGGACCACCUGCAGCUGCAGCCUCUUCCUCCCUCCCUUCUCCUUAAGGAGCAGAGCUCCACCUGUUGGUUAGAAGAAGCCAUGAGGGCUGGUCGCGCAUUCCAAGUGGCGCUUGAGCCACUGCUGGGCUGAGAUUUAGUCCUUCAGCUUCUCCAAAGUUUCCUCCCCCUGUGAAAGAGGCUUCUGUUUUCCUACCUGCGCUGCCGGGGACUGGACUGGUCCCCCUUGGGAUCCCUCCCAAAUUCUGAUUCCACUUUGUUCUCAGAGCUCUUAAGAAUGUAUUUAGGAUUCCAGUGGGUGCAGAAUUUGAAACUUACCUUAUUGUUGUGAAGUGGCCAAGGGUGGUGUGUGUGGGUGUGGGUGUGGGUGUGUGUGUGUGUCCCCCGAAGGAAAUGUUUCUUCUGCACUGAUCUGGACCCCCACCCCAUGGAAGGAGCUAUCUCAUGAUGAGGCCUUCCUUCCCCAUUGAGAACUCAGAAUGACUGAUGAGAUGCAUAGCUGUCAAGUGUCCCUUAUUUGGCGGGACACACCCUUAUCCCAGCGCCAUGUCCCGCUUCUGUCCCUUAUUGAUGAGGCUUCGUUUGGCUGCUGGCUGGGCUUUCUGCCUUUGGCUCGGAGGGGCUCAGAAGUUGAACAUCCCUGUUCCCCGAAAAUCCCUUAUUUUGGCUGCUGAUCCCUUAUUUUCGAGGCUGCUGGUCCCUUAUUUUCAAAUCUGUAAGUUGACAGCUAAGAUGAGAUGGCUCUGUAGAAUGAGCAAAAAAAGACAAGCGCCCGCUGGCUGCCUCAAAAGUAGGAACAGAGGAAGAUGCUUUGCACAGAGUCAGACCCUUGGUUCACCCGACUCAGUACUGUCUACACGGACGGGCAACAGCUUCUCAGUGUGUCACCUGGGGCCUUGCCAGGCCCUUCCUGGACUGGACCCAGGACCUUUUGCCUUAGAAACAGGUGCUCCACCGCUAAGGUAUGACCUGUCCCAUAAAACUAGGUCCCCAGUCAGAACCAGACCAUGGGGCCACCUGACACAGCAUAGCUCUCCGGGGUUUCAGUCCCCCCCCCCCCCCGCCUGCAUCAUGGAGUUGCCAAGUAUUGAAACUGGAACUUUUCGUGGGCUUUCUGCCAUUGAGCAAUAGCCCUUGCCCGGGACGGAAGAGGGCUCUGGUGCGCCAGUCCUGCUGUCGGGUUUCUCACAGCAGCUUGGCCGCUGUGGGAACAGGGUGCUGAUCUGUUAAGGCUCUUAUUACAUUCUUAUGUUCUCUGCCCCACCCGUGAGAGUUUCCCCUAAAUAUAUUUUCUCUGCUUUGAUGAUUUUGGAAUGCAAUUUCUUUUCUCUGCAAGUGAUAGAGGCGGUAGGGGGAGGAGAACUUUGCCCCCCCCCUUUUCCAAUGCAGUGUUAAACUGGAGCCAAAUAUAGCUGCCUGCUGUCUCCCCCACUUUGUGGCAUGUCCUCAGUAUCUGCUGGCGCUGAUUAGGUGCCCUAGCCCCCUUUAACCGCCUUGUUUUCCUCCCAUGGUUCCUGAGAGGUGGACUUUCCCCUCCUCCUUCCAGAGUCCCACCUUUAUCAUCUUGCCUUCGCAGGCAGGGAGCAACAAUUCGUUUUAGAGCUGUGCCAAAGGCACUGGAGUGUAGGAACACGGGGGGCUUUUUAAAAAGGCACCCUUCUCUCCCGAGAGCCUGGGCGACCAAAACAACAAGCCCACCUAAAAGGGUCACGGCUACUGAGCUGCCCCUAAAGCAAGCAGGCGUGUUGCGGAAAGAUUGCCAGGCGUUGCUAGAGACAGGGUUGACUCCAUGCAAGGAGGGCAACUUGCUCAUUGUUCCAUCAAGCUUUCUGCUCACAGCGGCAGCCUCCAAGCUGACGGUCUGAAUGAAGGACUCUGAAAAGUCAGAAAUAGGUUUUCAAAGUUGAUUACUUUUUUUUGGCCCUGUUUGUCCCCCGCUAUCAAACUGGAUUAUGCCAAGUACUAACUAUUCAACUCCCAAGGGCACUAGUUGCCUCUCAGCCAAAUAAACAGUGCUCAUCCUCCCCACCUUGUUUUGUUUUUGUUUACUAAACCAUCUGAAAAACAGGCUGGGGAAUCUUCUGGCAAGGAUGAACCCUGGGCUCAUUUUGCUGCCCUGAUUGGCCAAGCCGAUCAGCGGCUGAAAUGGAAACCCAUCAGCUUCUCCCCACUGACCCCGGGUGUUGGGCAAGAGGGACCACGCCAUUGCCUGAGCUCCUAGGAACUCAGCCUUUGGCUCAGGCAAGGGGGAUUAAUUUUGCAAUUUGCGCAGAUUUCUGAAAUGCCAAGGUCGGUCGCUGCUGAUUCCCAUCUGUUAGUCCCAGAAGCAAAGAUACGAUCAGCUGCACACAGGGCUUAGAAUGUUGAUUAAUUUCGUUGUUGCUUUACAUCACGGAGAAACAACAAGAAGAGAAACACAUAAUUAAAAAAUAGAAGACUGAGUAUAAACAUAGAAUUAAAAUAAAACCCGUUACUGUCAUGAGCAGGAUAAUAUAGAUGACUGAAUCAAUGAAAUCCACAGAUAAGCAGGUGGAGGUGACCAUGUGCUUCCUUAUUGACAUGUGUAAUAAAAUCUUAAAAACAGUGGUACCUCGGGUUACAGACGCUUCAGGUUACAGACUCCGCUAACUCAGAAAUAGUAGCUCGGGUUAAGAACUUUGCUUCAGGAUGAGAACAGAAAUCGCGCAACAGCAGCGGGAGGCCCCACUAGCUAAAGUGGUGGUGGUGGUGUUUAGUCGUUGAGUCAUGUAAGCCUCUUCGUGACCCCCUGGACCAGAGCACACCAGGCACUCCUGUCUUCCACUGCCUCCCGCAGUUUGGUCAAACUCAUGCUGGUAGCUUCCAGAACACUAUCCAACCACCUCGUCCUCUGUUGUCCCCUUCUCCUUGUGCCCUCCAUCUUUCCCAACAUCAGGGUCUUUUCCAGGGAGUAUUCUCUUCUCAUGAGGUGGCCAAAGUAUUGGAGCCUCAGCUUCAGGAUCUGUCCUUCCAGUGAGCACUCAGGGCUGAUUUCCUUCAGAAUGCAUAGGUCUGAUCUUCUUCUUGCAGUCCAUGGGACUCUCAAGAGUCUCCUCCAGCACCAUAAUUCAAAAGCAUCCAUUCUUCGGCGAUCAGCCUUCUUUAUGGUCCAGCAGCUAAAGUGGUACAUCAGGUUAAGAACAGUUUCAGGUUAAGAACGGACCUCCAGAACGAAUAAAGUUCUUAACCCGAGGUUGCUGGAUCAGGCCAGUGACCAUUGAAUCCAGCACCCAGUUCUCACAGUGGCCAAGCAGGUGCCUGAAUAGGAAACCAGAACACGAGCCAUAUCUCUCCAGCAACUGGGAUUCAGGAUCCCUGCUGCCUCUGACUGUGGAGGCAGGCAGAGCCAUUGAUAGCCGUCUUCUCUUCCAUGAAUUCAUCCAACCCUUUUCAAAGCUGUCCAACUUGGCAGCCAUCACUGCCUCCUGUGGGAGGGAGUUCCACGGUUUAACUACGCACUACAUAGAAGACUCCCUGGAAAAGACCCUGAUGUUGGGAAAGAUGGAGGGCACAAGGAGAAGGGGACGACAGAGGACAAGAUGGUUGGACAGUGUUCUCGAAGCGACCAGCAUGAGUGUGACCAAACUGUGGGAGGCAGUGGAAGACAGGAGUGCCUGGCGUGCUCUGGUCCAGGGGGUCACGAAGAGGCGGACACGACUAAACAACUAAACAACAACAUUAUGAAAGACUUCCAUUUUUCUGUCCUAGAUCUUCCCAAGCAAGCCAAACCUCUGCAAAUAUAUCCCUUUUACAGGACGGAGAGCUUUUCUGUUGUGCCAAAGAGGGACAAACCAGGAUCCAAGCGGCAUCUACAGAAGGAAGAGCUGGGUUUUGACAUCGCCUGCAGGCACUGUGCUUGUUUCAGCUCCCUGUUAUCAAAAUACAGGGCUAGGAAGGGCCUGGGGAGCCAAGCCCCCUUACUGCCGUAGGGCAGGGAAACCCUUUGCCUUGCCAGUGUGGCUCACACGCAGUCCCUGAGUAUGCCAGCCUUAAUGGCAAGAAACCUGCCUGUUUUAUUAGGGAAAAGGGAAAAGAAUGUUAAUUCACAGUUUGCAGCCUUCUGAGAUGAAAGUCAGGAACUGUGCAGUGUAGCAUAGCUCCCCGAUCUCCGGGUCGAAAGGAAACCCCUAGCUCACACACUUCCAAGACGACCUACUUAGAAACAACUGGAGGUUUCUAGUCCUUGUUAUGUAAAACCUCAGAUUCUCAGUAUGAUAAAUAAUAAUAAUAAAAUUUUAUUUAUACCCCGCCCUUCCCGGUUCAAAAACCGGGCUCAGGGCGGCUAACAACAAAUUUAAAACACUGAAUUGAUGCAACAAAAAACAGCAUAAAAUACAGUAUAAAACGUGAAUAACAAUAAAUUCAGAAUUCAAAAAUCAGUUUGGGGGGAAAUCCAUCCAAUAAACAUUAGAUGUAUGGAGCAUUUGAAAUGAAGGCUUACUUACUUACUUACUUGCAUUUAUAUCACGGCUUUUUCUCCUAGGAGCUUGAGGCAGCUUCUCCUCGUUCAACCCCUGCAAGAAUCUCCCUGCAAGGGAGGUUAGGCUGAGAGAGGCAGUGACUGGCCUGAAGUCCCACCCAGGGAGCUUCAUGGCCCAAUGUGGGGACUUGAACCCUGGUCUCCCAGGUCCUGGCCCAACAGACUAACCACUGUGGUUAGGGCAGCUGAUAGGGAAUGCACUAAAAAGUGGGGGGUAGUAUCUGAUGGAUGAGAAGAUACAUAAACCUCUGUGCGAACAGAUAUGGAUGAAUGAUGGCUAUGUUCUGCCUCCGGGUCAGAGGCAGUAACGCUUCUGAAUGCCUGUUUCUGGAAGCCCUGGUGCUCUGGUCCUGCUUUUCCAUAAUGGGCAUCUGUUUGGCCACUGUAAGAACAGGAGGGCUGGAUGGAUGAACCCCUUUGGCCUGAUCCAUCAGAGGCUCUUCUUGCGUUCUCACAUUCUUACUGCUGCACAGUGGUACCUCUGGUUACGUAUUUAAUUCGUUCUGGAGGUCCGUUCUUAACCUGAACUGUUCUUAACCUGAAGCACCACUUUAGCUAAUGAGGCCUCCUGCUGCCGCCACACGAUUUCUGUUCUCAUCCUGAAGCAAAGUUCUUAACCUGAAGCACUAUUUCUGGGUUAGUGGAGUCUGUAACCUGAAGCGUCUGUAACCCGAGGUACCACUGUAUAACCUUGCCGUAAAACAAAUAGGAAGGAACGCUAAAAAACAGGCCAGACAUUGCACGUGACCUCCCAUGCAGGCUUUGUGAAAGCAAGUCUGUGUGAAUGCUCAACAAACAACCACUGAGAAGAGUCCCACGCCUCUUGCGCUGAUUUCAGCCUCACAGGCUGUGCAGUGCAGGGAAUCAAACAGUAAUUCCGUCAGUAGAGCGAGAUCAGAUGGCUACCAGGUAGACUGACUUAGACUGCUUCAUGUUUGCAAAGCACUUUUGCAUUGGUCUUACGACACCAGAGGAAGCUGGGUGGGUGGCUGCUGAGUCUUGCAACCAUUUAUCUACCUGUUGAUUUGUUCUCCCUCCCUCUCUCUCCCUCCCUCUUUCUCUCUCAGGCUGUUCAACUGACUGCAUUCAAAUCAUCAGGUAAUGCUUUUCCCAUCUGCUCUUUUCCUGGCCUUACCUGAGCGUUCUGUGUCACCUGAUUUUCACUUUCUUUGAUGAUGGGAGUGGGGGAAGCCACCACUCUUUUUUGUUUCUGCUUUAAAAGUCUUUGUUUAGUAUUCCUCCCAGUCUUAGACAUUUGCACUUGCUGAUAGUGCUGGCAAACAGACUGAGGUGGGUGCAGAAUCCUUGCUGGUGAGAGGGACGUUGCCUUGAUUUCUAAAAGCUCUGUAUAGGAUGGGUUCAGGAUAAUAAUAAUAAUAAUUUAUUGUUUAUACCCUGCCCAUCUGGCUGAGUUUCCCCAGCCACUCUGGGCGGCUCCCAAUCGAGUGUUAAAUACAAUACAGCAUUAAAUAUUAAAAACUUCCCUAAACAGGGCUGCCUUCAGAUGUCUUUUAAAGAUACGAUAGCUAAGGGACGUGGGUGGCGCUAUGGGUUAAACCACAGAGCCUAGGGCUUGCCGAUCAGAAGGUCGGCAGUUUGAAUCCCAGCGACGGGGUGAGCUCGCAUUGUUCGGUCCCUGCUCCUGCCAACCUAGCAGUUCGAAAGCACAUCCAAGUGUAAGUAGAUAAAUAGGUACCGCUCCAGCGGGAAGCUAAACGGUGUUUCCGUGCGCUGCUCUGGUUCGCCAGAAGCGGCUUAGUCCUGCUGGCCACAUGAUCCGGAAGCUGUACGCCGGCUCCCUCGGCCAAUAAAGCAAGAUGAGCGCCGCAACCCCCAAGUUAUCCGUGACUAGACCUAAUGGUCAGGGGUCCCUUUACCUUUAAAAAUAAAAAAUAAAAAAUACGAUAGCUGCUUAUUUCCUUGACGUCUGAUGAGAGGGCGUUCCACAGGGCGGGCGCUACUACCGAGAAGGCCUUCUGCCUGGUUCCCUGUAACCUCACUUCUCUCAAUCAACCUGAGUUGACCCAGCCCUGCAGAAGGGUUGCACAAAUUUCACAAUUUUCUCAAAACACACCAGACGAGCAGCUGUGCCAAAUAGUUCCAAGUGCCUGUGCGGUUCAUCUCAUUUGGGGGGGGGGGGGGAUGUACAAACCUGAAGUGAGGCUUGGUUCCUGGACAGUGGGCUGAGCAGCGUAGCACCAAACCCCCCAAUUGCUCACAUGGGGGGAAAUCAAUGGUGGCGCUUUUUUCUUUGUGUUUUGUUUUAGAAAACUGUUGCUGGCACUCACCAUGAAGUUGUUACAGUAAGUGCUGCACUUUUAACGGGGUUGGGGGAAGGUGCCGGUACUGAGUACCCUUGAGUAACCCCCCCCCCCCCAAAAAAGAGCCCUGGGGGGAAAUAAAACAACGAACCCAGCGGGAGCGAGAGGAGAGGGAGCCACAGGUGCUGUGAGCACUCAGAGGUCGCUGACCCUGCAUCAACAAAGCCCCUAUUUCCCUGCAAAUUGUUUUAAGCUCACUAAAUAGGGACUUAUUUUCUUUAGUUGUAGGUCUGAACAAAACCUAGACAUCUUGAGAUGAGGGCCCUUGUUCAAAUAUUUUGUUGGGGGCUUGCUUGUGGGUGUGCAACCCCCACAUGUGUGUUUGUACACACUCUUGUGAAGCACAAAGUCUUUGCCCGUUCAUUUCUGCCCCUUUCUCUCUCUCUGCCUCUUCCACCCAACCCUUUCUGCCUAAACAAUCCUGUUUAAAAUACGUGGCAAAGCAUCUAGUCAGCCAAAAGGAUACCCAUGAAAUUAAGGUCAGGCAAGAGUUAGAUCUGGAACUCUGGCUGAUUUUGCAAAGAUGUCCAACUCUCAUUUGCUGAGCCAUAUCAGCAGCAAGGACUUGCUGAUCAGAAGGUUGGCGGUUCGAAUCCCUGUGACAGGGUGAGCUCCCGUUGCUCUGUCCCUGCUCUUGACAAGCUAGCAGUUCGAAAGCACGUCAAAGUGCAAGUAGAUAAAUAGGUACCGCUCUGGCGGGAAGGUAAACGGCGUUUCCGUGCGCUGCUCUGGUUCACCAGAAGCGGCUUAGUCAUGCUGGCCACAUGAUCCGGAAGCUGUAUGCCGGCUCCCUUGGCCACUAAAGUGAGAUGAGCGCCACAACCCCAGAGUCGGCCAUGACUGGACCUAAUGGUCAGGGGUCCCUUUACCUUUACCUAUCAGCAACAAAAUUUCUUUCCCCUGCCUUCAAUUAUUAUACUGCUCAAGUGAAGAAAUUUUGGAGGAACCAAGAAUGUGGAAGGACUGUGAGGUUGGGAUUGUAGCUCAGUAGUGGAACACCUGCUUGGCAUGUAGAAGAUCACAGGUUCAAUCCCCAAUGACUUCUACAGGUAGGGCUGGGAGGGACUCCUGAAACCCUGGAGAGCUUCUGCCAGUCUGUGCAGACAAUACUGAGUUCGAUGGACCAAUGAUCUGACUUGGUUCAUCCUAUUGCUCUGUCCCUGCUCCUGCCAACCUAGCAGUUCAAAAGCACGCCAGUGCAAGUAGAUAAAUAGGUACCGCUGUGGUGAGAAGGUAAAUGGCGUUUCCGUGCACUCUGGCUUCUGUCAUGGUCCUCCGUGUGCCAGAAGCAGUUUAGUCCUGCUGGCCACAUGACCCGGAAAGCUGUCUGUGGACAAACGCCGGCUCCUUCGACCUGAAAGCGAGAUGAGCGCUACAACCCCAGAGUCGCCUUUGACUGGACUUAACCAUCCAGGGGUCCUUGACCUUGACCCUGAUUUGGUAUAAGGCUGCUUCCUGUGCUCCUGUCACUCAAAAGGGAUUCCUGGGUUUUUAGUCCUAAAUGUAUGCCCUUCACAUCAGGCUCUGGUGGGCGGAUCUUGGGGUUCUGAUCACAACAACCACCACCACAAUCCUGCAAGCCUUUAGGUUAAGUCAUUAGGUCAAGUCCAAUAUAUGAAUAUGAUGCUUUGGGUGGACUCCAUGCUAACAAAGGCUCUUUCCUGCCUCUGCAGUUCAGAUUAUGUGUCUUAUUUAGCCACUGCAGGAAAAGGAUGCUGAAUUCCAUGGGCCACUGGCCUCACCUAGCAGGCUGUCUUACGUUCCUAUGUAAACUUCGUGGUAAAAGGUAAAGGUAAAGGGACCCCUGACCACUAGGUCCAGUUGUGGCUGACUCUGGGGUUGCGGCGCUCAUCUCGUUUUACUGGCUGAGGGAGCCGGCGUACAGCUUCUGGGUCAUGUGGCCAGCAUGACUAAGCCGCCUCUGGCGAACCAGAGCAGCGCACGGAAGCGCCGUUUACCUUCCUGCCGGAGCGGUACCUAUUUAUCUACUUGCACUUUGACGUGCUUUUGAACUGCUAGGUGGGCUCUGAUGGCCACCUGACAUGGUGACUAUGCUCUGCCUCCACAAUUGGAAGUAGAAAGGCUUCUUAGAAUCACACAAUGGCAGAGCUGGAAGGGACCCCAGGGUCAUCUAGUCCAACCCGCUGCAAGGCAGGAAUUGCAACUCUGGCAGGUGGCCAUCCAACCUCUUCUUUAAAACCUCCAGUGAAGGAGAGUCCACCCCCUUCCAAGGGAGUCCGUUCUGCUAUCUAACACCUCUUACCAUCAGAAUCAUAGGGCUGUAAGGGACCCCAAGGGUCAUCUAGUCCAACCGCCUGCAAUGCAGGAAUCAGAAGGUUCUUCCUGAAGCUGGAGCUGCAGGAAGUGAGAGGGCUCUGGUGCUCGAAUCCUACUUUCUGGUUUCCCACAGGCAUCCGGCUGGCCACUGUAGGAACAGGAGGCUGGGCUGUUCUUCAGGUUUAUCUGGCCAUCUGUCUAGGUGGGCAGAGACUGAACUUGCCAGACUUUUGUCCCCCAGAUGUUUUGGUCUACAAUUUCCAUUGUGUCCUUCCAGGCAGCACCAGGCAGGUAAAGCCUGAAAUAGACAGAUGUUGUUGUUGUUUAGUCGUUUAGUCGUGUCCGACUCUUCAUGACCCCCUGGACCAGAGCAUGCCAGGCACUCCUGUCUUCCACUGCCUCCCGCAGUUUGGUCAGACUCAUGCUGGUAGCUUAGAGAACACUAUCCAACCAUCUCGUCCUCUGUCGUCCCCUUCUCCUUGUGCCCUCCAUCUUUCCCAACAUCAGGGUCUUUUCCAGGGAGUCUCUCUCUCAUGAGGUGGCCAAAGUCUUGGAGCCUCAGCUUCAGGAUCUGUCCUUCCAGGGAGCACUCAGGGCUGAUUUCCUUCAGAAUGGAUACGUUUGAUCUUCUUCUUGCAGUCCAUGGGACUCUCAAGAGUCUCCUCCAGCACCAGAAUUCAAAAGCAUCCAUUCUUCAGCGAUCAGCCUUCUUUAUGGUCCAGCUCUCACUUCCCAUACUGGGAAAACCAGAGCUUUAACUUAGACAGAUAAACCACGUCUAACAAGCUGUGGUAUGUUGUAGCUGGAUAACCCUGGACUCAAGGGCUCCCUUUCUGUCAAGACCACCAGUUGCCCCCUUCCCACCAACUGAGGCCACUGACCACUGCUUGACCACUGCUUCAAUAUCCCUGAGAUGGAGCUAGGAACCAAGCAAGUAAGCCGCUUUGCCAACCCUGAUUUAGAAAGAAAAGGAAUAUUUCCCACCUGGGCCCCUUUGCCUUUUAAACCCCCUGAAGUCCUUGUACCAUCAUGACUGCAGGAACAAAAGGGGAUUUUGCUGCUUCUUCCCUGACACUGGGCAUAUUUACCUGAGAAUAAGCACCGUUUUCUCGUGGAAAAGAAUGGCAUAAUUUUCAAAGUAAAAACAAUUUUGAAAGAACUUAUUUUAAUCACGCACACUCCUGGCCAACCACCCACAGGCUAUACAAUAAGUGAGAAUAAUGGAAGAGGUGAAGCAGUGAUCAGUUUUCUUCAUCUGAAGGCUUUGACCUUAGCUGUGUUUAUGGUUUAUUUACACCAUUUAUUUGCUGCCGAGGUGGCAUCCAAGAGCAGACAUAAAAAGGGGGGAAAGGAAAGGAGGGGGGGAAACAGGAGCAGGGUAAGACAAAAAGAGUUACGCAGAGCUAGGAGAGGCGAAGAACAAAAUCUGUGACCUGUUUGCAACCAAUUGCUUUUCAGCUGCCUUGCAAAAAAUAUAUUAUUUUAAACCCACGGAUAGUUGUGCUUGAUUCCUGGGCAUCUGCUAUGGCGUUGUGAAGAAAGAGAUAUCAUUAAACCAAGACGGACACAAUUUGUUUGCAUUGGGAAGGCUACAGUCCCUCCCUCUCCCUUUGAGAGCUUCUGGACCCAUUCACAGCACAAGAGGCUACAGGUUCCUGCCUCUGAACGCAGACAUGCACCUUCUAAUGAGUUUCUGGCUGCUUUAUGAAGACAUGAUCUUCUGUCAAUAUUCAUUACACCCCAUUAUGCGGGGAGGGGAGGCCCCUGGGAAGUAGGGGAGUGGUGGGGGGUGCUGCUACAUAUUUGCACAGACAAUAAGAAACACAUCUUUUUCAUCUUGGUGAAGAAGGCAAUCGCCUCAGCCCCCAUCUCCUCGAGUGUCAGCCCAUUGUUUCCCUGUGAUAAUUUCAUUAUCCGCUUUGAAUACAUCUUGUUUGUUGCUAAGCUGUGCAUAGCAACAUGUGCCUCGUCUCCACAGCUGGGCACCCGAGCAGCCGAGAAGAAGCCAUUCUGACGAACUGGAGCUCACACAACGUACCCGACUUGGAUUUUGUUUAUAUAAGCAGCAGGCAGCCCUCAAGCCCCAGGGGCCGGGCAAAGCAGCGGUUCAGAGGCAGACUUUGGCAACAUCCGCACCCACAUACUUGGGAGCGAUGCCGCUUUUAACAGCCGUGGAUUCUGCCCCCAAAGAAUUCUGGGAGCUGUAGUUUGGGGUGCUGAGAGUUGCAAGGAGGCCUCAGUAUUCCUCCUCAUGAAGCUACAAUUCCCAGAGUUCCCUGUGAAGACAGGUUUCUUCUUAAACCACUCCGGGAAAUUGCAGCCCUGUGAGGGGAGUUGAGGCCUCCUCAGCACCCUUCAUGGAAUGCACUCCCAGAAUUCUUUUGGGGGGGAGCCAUGACACUUUAAAGGGGAAGUAACCGUGGUUAGGGACGCGGGUGGCGCUGUGGUCGAAGCCACUGAGCCUCUUGGGCUUGCCGAUCAGAAGGUCGGUGGUUCGAAUCCCCACAAUGGGAUGAGCUCCCGUUGCUCUGUCCCAGCUCCUGCCUACCUAGCAGUUCGAAAGCACAUUAAAGUGCAAGUAGAUAAAUAGGUAGCGCUCUGGCGGGAAGGUAAACGGCGUUUCCGUGCGCUGCUCUUGUUCGCCAGAAGCGGCUUAGUCAUGCUGGCCACAUGACCCGGAAGCUGUACGCCGGCUCCCUCGGCCAGUAAAGUGAGAUGAGCGCCGCAACCCCAGAGUCGUCCGCGACUGGACUUAACUGUCAGGGGUCCCUUUACCUUUUUAACAAUGCUUUAAGUGUAUGAAGGUGGCAAGGGAGUUGGAUUUGGAAGGACUGUUGAUGCUGGGGAGGCUUUCCACCUGAGGUGAUGGGCAAGAUGGCGCCUCCUCCCCAUUCCAGAUACACUGUUGCAUCGGGAGCGUUGGAGGGCCCUGAUCCUGCAGCCUCCAGGACCUGUGAUCCCUGACCCAGUGUGGGUUCUGCUGUUGGCUGUGCUGAUGCCUCUGUCUCUUCUCCCUUAGGCUUAUGAGAGGAGCUGCCCCAGGUGAUCUCCUCCACCACCACCCCAGUUCAACACAAAUGAUCGAAGAAUUGCAUCAAGGAGACCAGAAGGCUAUGUGCAGCUGGCUGUUUCUUCCUCUACUUUCCCAAUAUCUGGCAUUGAACAGGCUGGGCUUUGGCCCCUGGUUCACUGGCCAGGGGAGUAUUUGCCAGGCGUCCUUCUUCCCCGACUCAUCCAUUCUGGUUUCCUUAAAUCUGUUGAUGUCCUCCUCUCACGGACUGUGACUCUUGCUGGCUUUUCUUAUUGUGAGCUUUGUAUGGCCUUGGAACCUGGGAGUUCACAGCCAAAACUCACCCCCCACCCCACCCCCAGCCCACUUUGCUUUCUGUGUUUUUGGCGAGAGAUAGAGC